AGCGAGGGGAGGGGGGAGAUCCAUGGCUUAUGGGUCUGUCUCCUCAGCACUGAGAGAAUGAGCUGAACUGCAUCCCGAGGGGGAGACUGUGCGAGUCAUUAGUGAAUAGCUCGGUGUGAGCGAGACCUGGCGGGACACAGUGUGACGGGAGUCUGUCAGCCGAGCUGGAUCACCGGGUGUGAGAAUUAUGGGGUUCAGGGGUGUGCUGAGAGCUGGAUCAGGGAUUUAGGGGUGUGCUGAGAGCUGGAUCAGGGAUUUAGGGGUGUGCUGAGAAAUGGAUCAGGGAUUUAGGGGUGUGCUGAGAGCCGGAUCAGGGAUUUAGGGGUGUGCUGAGAGCUGGAUCAGGGAUUUAGGGGUGUGCUGAGAGCUGGAUCAGGGAUUUAGGGGUGUGUUGAGAGCUGGAUCAGGGAUUUAGGGGUGUGCUGUGAGCUGGAUAGGGGAUUUAGGGGUAUGCUGUGAGCUGGAUCAGGGAUUAAGGGGUGUGCUGAGAGCUGGAUCAGGGAUUUAGGGGUGUGCUGUGAGCUGGAUCGGGGAUUUAGGGGUGUGCUGAGAGCCGGAUCGGGGAUUUAGGGGUGUGCUGUGAGCUGGAUCGGGGAUUUAGGGGUGUGCUGAGAGCCGGAUCGGGGAUUUAGGGGUGUGCUGUGAGCUGGAUCAGGGAUUUAGGGGUGUGCUGUGAGCUGGAUCAGGGAUUUAGGGGUGUGCUGAGAGCUGGAUCAGGGAUUUAGGGGUGUGCUGUGAGCUGGAUCAGGGAUUAGGUGUGUGUGCUGAGAGCUGGAUCAGGGAUUUAGGGGUGUGCUGAGAGCUGGAUCAGGGAUUUAGGGGUGUGCUGAGAGCUGGAUCAGGGAUUUAGGGGUGUGCUGAGAGCUGGAUCAGUGAUUUAGGGGUGUGCUGAGAGCUGGAUCAGGGAUUUAGGGGUGUGCUGUGAGCUGGAUCAGGGAUUUAGGGGUGUGCUGUGAGCUGGAUCAGGGAUUUAGGGGUGUGCUGAGAGCUGGAUCUGGGAUUUAGGGGUGUGCUGAGAGCUGGAUCAGGGAUUUAGGGGUGUGCUGUGAGCUGGAUCAGGGAUUUAGGGGUGUGCUGUGAGCUGGAUCUGGGAUUUAGGGGUGUGCUGAGAGCUGGAUCAGGGAUUUAGGGGUGUGCUGUGAGCUGGAUCAGGGAUUUAGGGGUGUGCUGUGAGCUGGAUCAGGGAUUUAGGGGUGUGCUGUGAGCUUGGACAAGGUUAUAGGGGUGUGCUCUGAGUUGGAUAAGGGAUUUAGGGGUGUGCUGAGAGUUGGAUCAGUGAUUUAGGGGUGUGCUGUGAGCUGGAUCAGGGAUUUAGUGGUGUGCUGUGACUUGGACCAGGUUAUAGGGAUGUGCUGUAAAUUGGCUUACAGAUGUAGGGGUGUGCUGCGAGUUGUAUCAGGUAUUAUUUAGGGGUGUUUUUUUUUAUAUUUAGAUUUAUAAGGAUUUUUUCAUGGUUCUUAUGAUUUGUUUAUUUUUAUAUGAAUAAAUAUUUUGUGUAUAUGUACAUUUUUAUCUUAUUCUACAGCUACUGCUUUGGAGUGUAAUUUUUCUAGUGGUCAUAUUUUAUUUGGAGCGCUCACAUACCCUUGUUGGUUUAUAUUUUAUUUGGUUGUUUAGUCGCUCUUUUGUAUGUGACGCAGCCCUGCUUAUUAUUGUGUAUAGAGUUUUUGUAUACUCCAAUUCAGAUUAUUUUGAUGUUUAUUAUUUAGGGGUGUGCUGCGAGUUGUAUCAGGUAUUUAGAGGUGUGCUGUGAGUUGGAUCAGGUAUUGCUGUAACUUGGGGUGUGCUCUAAAUUUUCUCAGGUAUUUAGGGGUGUGCUGUGUGUUUGCUCAGGGAUGUAGGGGUGUGCUGUGACUUGGAUCAGGGAUGUAGUGGUGUGCUGUGACUUGGAUCAGUGGUAUAAGGGUGUGCUUUGAGUUAAAUUAGUGUUUUAGGGGAGGAGUGGGCUCUGAAUUGAACGAGAAGCUUAGUUUGGGAUGUAAACCAGGAGUUGAGAUGAAUUAGGAGUUUAGGGGUGUGCUGUGAGCCAGCUUAGGGAUUGAUGACCAUGCUGUAAAUUGGACUAGAAGUUGUGUUCUGUUUGGAAUUGUAUGAAAGCUGCUGUGAGAUAGAUCAGGUAUUCAAGGUUUCUGAGUUUAUUCAGUGGGUUUGAUGUGUGUGCUGUGUGCUCGAACAAGGUUUAAGAGCUGUGGUUGACCAAGAUGAGUUUGUAAUGGAUGUUCUCUGAUUUGGAUCAGUUUGUAAGGGGUCAGUGGCAACUAUGAUUUGACCUUAAGGGGAUCACUGUGUGCUAGCUAUUAAAUGAUGUCUGAGACAUGGAUCUGAUUGUAAAAUUGGUACUAUGAUUUGUAUUGGAGUGUAAGAUGCUCUCGGUAACAAGAGUCAGAUUGUAAGGUGUGCAUUGUGACCCAAAUCAGAUUGUAAGGUGUGUGUGUGUGCUGUGAUCAGAAACCUCUUGUAAGGUGUGUGCUGUGAUAAGGGUCAGCAUUUAAGGAUAAAGUGUGUAACAUAUUUUUGAGGUUUGAGUUUUUAAAUUUGAUCCCUAUGCCAUGUUUUAGGAAUACAAGCAGAAUCAUGGAAAAGGAAGAAGACGUUCACAAAUUUACAGGUGUACAGUAAGGCUGUUUAAAAGCAUGUCAUGAUAUUUGGGGCAUUCCGUACUGGUAUGAGAAAGGUCCUGUAUAGUACGAUGGUUACAAGUCUUUCUAUGGUGGGCCAGCGCAGACCGCCCUGCAGAAUUUCCUUGCGUAAUUCAAUCAAGGUGUGACGAUAUGGAAACUGGGAUGUAAAGCCACAAUGGAUAAGGUAAGAUUGCCUGCCUAUGUAAUUAGCAAGUUAUUAUAGUCACCAUUACUCAUCUGUGUAUUUUUGCACACUGUCAUUUGUGGUUUUUAUAUUUUGAGAAAUUUAUGUAAAUUAGGUACGCACUGGAUUUUCUUAUGCCUUGGGCAAAACUCAAAUAUAAGAUCCCAUAAUUCCAUCACCCCCUAGCUCAUUACCCCCUGCCCUGUAGCUCUAACCAAUCAAAUUCCCCUCAGCACUAUCAUACCUAUGUCAUUUUCCUAAUCCCCUCUCCAGCUCUAUUAACAUUAAACCAACUCAUUGUCCCAUGAUCUACUAAUUCAAUACCAUAGUUAACCAUGCCCGCAGAUUGCAAUCGUUCCCAGUCCCAAUCAAUCCCAGCCAGCACCCUUAGCCCCCCAAUUAUAAGAAUAGUAUCCAACACUCUCACACUAUGUGUAAUUUACAGAUUAAUUUCUGUUUUAUUAUCUUACAUGUAAUCCUUCUUAACAUUUAAUAGGAAUGUGUUUUUUUUUUUUUUAUGGUGUAUGGUCUGUUGUUUCCUAAAUUGGUAAUGUAAGGCUAUGCUAAAGUAAACGAGUUACUCCUCACAGAUGCAGUCUACGUGUGAUGUCACAUCUGUGCUAUUUCCAGGGUUUAUAAGAAGACUGAUCUCAGUUUAUUGUACAGUAAAGGAUACUUAGCCAGCGACAGCAUAGGAAUACUGAGCAUGAAAGUUAUUUUACUCUAAUAUCAUUUUGAAUGAAUUGGUUAGGAGGGGAUAGAACCCAGUGCUAGACACAAAUAUUGUAGGGCAGAUUCCUGUAUAUAUUGUCCAUCCUCUGAUAUACCACCUGUUAGAUUGUGGGAGGUGUAGCGUCGUACUGGGCAACAGUAUGAAUCCCGAAAUGUAAUGAAUGGAUGUCUUGGGGCUGCCACAUGCUACCCAAUUGUGAUCUUGAGAACAGCUGGACCACUUUGUGUUCAGAUCCCCUUCAGUGCUCUUCAGCUAAGACUUUCAAUUCAGUUUCAGUGAAGAAUGUAUGCUGAGAGGGCAUUUUAUUAAUUAAUGAGACACUGGUAGACAGAUACAAUAGGAUUUCCAUCAAUUAAAAUGGUGCAUGCGAAACGGCAAAUGGAAGUUAAGAAUAGAGUAAAUAAAACAACAUAUUGGAUUCAUUUUUACAUGAAAUAUGUUCACCUGUUAUUCUGGGGAAAAAAAUUGUGAAAAUAUGUUUUGGGGAAAAAUAAAUCAAUAUUUAAAACGUUGUACUAUCACAAACCAUUAUCCAUGUAUUAUUGAUAUCAAGAUACAUUAAACACAAUUGUAAAUGGUUUUUGAUUGUACAUUUGUUUACUUUGUAUUUUGUCCCUGUAUGAUGUAAUAUUUAAAUCCCUGUUCUUUCGUUUCUUCUACUCUUUUACCACUUAAUCUUUGUUCUUUUUCUUUUAUUGUUAAAUUUACUGUAGGUUUUGUUAAUAUCAAGCAAUGUAUUUUAUUUUCUUAGAUUGCGUUUACUCUGUCUAAUUGUAGUCACUAUAACGUGAUUUGUCUCAUUUCAUUGUUUUGAGGUUCUACCAGGGAAUGCAAGCUUUUAGCAUCAAGUAUUUGUGAUCAUUUAGGGAAACUGUUCAUUUUUUUUUUUUUUCAUUUCCAGGACCAUUUCCAAUUAGAAGACAUAAUCAAAAACCUAAAAGAGGACGGACUUGAUCCUGGGUCUUCUGGAGCAGAUCACUUGACUUUUCUGUGGAAGCUCUACCAAGGCACUCAAGGCAAAUUACAGGAGGCCACUAACAGUUUGAUGGAAUUUAAACAACAACAAGCAGAGGAAAUGAAAGAAGUGAGUUCACAGUAGCAUAAUUAUGAGCCACAUAUUAAAAACUAUUCAAGAUACUUGGUCUGCUGUUGCCUUAAAACCAAGUUUGCUCAGCUGCUUUCCUCCUAUUGUUUACAGACUAUACCUCCCAAAAUCCAUUGUCACUUCAAAAUCAAUAAAUAAAAGAUGAUGGUACAUGUGUUUUAAAACCUGGGGGGCUGUGGUUGUUGGACAUUUAAGACACCAGAUAAAACGAUCAUCUGCCAGUUAAAUUGCCCUAUCAUCAAUUUUUUUAAUUUUUUUAAUUUGACAGUCUUUAUUUUUAUGAGAAUGAUAACACAGUCAUGAUGUACAUUUUUGUGUAGCCAAGAAACACUAUGACAUUGCAUGUCUAUACACUAUGGUGAUGUCUGACCAGCAGUCUGUAUCAGUUCGAAAAGGUUACCUUUAAAUGGACUCUCCAGUGCCAGGAAAACAAACCAUUUUCCUGCCACUGCAGGUCCCCUAUCGCUAUCCCAGAUUGCUGAAGGGGUUCUUCAGUGACUUACCUGUAUCCAGCACCAAUGUCCCUCGGUGCUGGGUCAGGGUCUGCCCACGCUCCUCCCCUGCUGACGUCAGGGGUUAAAACGCCUUCAGUGACUUACCUGUAUCCAGCACCAAUGUCCCUCGGUGCUGGGUCAGGGUCUGCCCACGCUCCUCCCCUGCUGACGUCAUGCGGCGGGGGAGACCUCACUGAAAAAUGCUUUCCUAUGGGGAUUUCAGCGACGCUCGAACACGGGCACACGGAAGUGCCCGCUAGUGGCUGUCUAAAAGACAGCCACUAGAGGAGGAGUUAACCCUGCAAGGUAAAUAUUGCAGUCUAUGAAAACUGCAAUAAUUACACUUGUAGGGUUAAGGGUAGUGGGAGUUGGCACCCAGACCACUCCAAUGGGCAGAAGUGGUCUGGGUGCCUGGAGUGUCCCUUUAACUCUCACAUGUCAAAUUACUAGUGUUGUGCUUACAUUACCAGUGUCACAUCUCAUUUAACAUUCAUGUAUUUUUCUUCAUAAAACGAAAUACAUACUACUAUAUACAAGUGGGUGUUUGAUCAAUUGGGGUAAAGUAUGUCCUAUCCUUUCGUUCCAACCGUCCUAUAAGUAUCGGGAAGUGUCAGAUUUUCUCAACCGAUGAUGUUUAGUUGGGUACAGGGUGUUUUUAAAAGUGACCUUUUGCUGGUGUGGUGAUGGACCACUGGACAACCCACAGCGAUGGGGAGCCCUAACCGGUUUAGAAGGGACUGCUUGGGUUAGCUGCUUGUUGACCUAGAGUUAGUUGGAAUAGCCACUCAGUCUCGCCCAGGUGCGUCUCAUCACCUGCGACAAUGAUAUACUUUAAAUAAAAAUAUUGUGAGGGAUUUUUUUUUUCCUCCAGUGUCUCUACCAUUAGGUGCUUGCGGCUAGGGCGAGUCCCGUGUUGUCUGGUUUUCUGGAUAUGCCUGUCCCAUUUAUCCUGAACUUCUUGAAAUUUGUCACCUACCAUGAUAUGUUCUCUUGCCAUGUAUUCAUAGUCUAAAUUAGUGGAUAUUUGGUUUCCAAGAGCUUGCGUAGAAGGCGGCUCGGGGGAUUUCAGGGCUCUGGCUAUUAGGGUGUUAGCUGCUAUUAUGUAGUGGAAUAUAAGAAUUGAAUCUAGUUUGCUAAAUACAUCUAUUGACAUUAAGAGGAGACUCCUCUCUGACCGUAGAGUAAACUUGGUACUUAAAGCUCCAGAUAUCUCCCCCUCCACCGAUUCCAAAAAAGGCCGUAAUUUGGUCCCAUCCGUGGUCUUGCAUCUCCAGCAAGUCCCUGAGGUGUUGGAAUACAUGCUCGCCAGCUUCACUGGCACCAUGUACCAUUUGUAUUGUAACUUGCGUAUGAGUUCAAAGUUGGAGCCACAGGCUGAUCUGCCCUUGUGAGCCAUAUAGGCCCUUUUCCAUUAGAGGGAUAUGAAAUGUGCGCCUAUGUCUGUUUGCCAUGCCUGCUUGUGUAUGGCCGUGAAAUUUCUAAGUUCAGUAUUCAGUAAAGCAUAACCUAGGGACAGUGUUCUCUUGGGUGUGGCCGGAGAUAGCAGGCUCUUUCAUAGGGGGUAAAAUUAAUUAUUUGCUCUGUCAUCUUUAGUUGGCCCUGUAACACUGAUUUGACCUGUAGGUAGGAAAACACUGUUGUAGACAGUAGGUUAUACUUGGCUUGUAAAUCCGGAUGUUGUAAUAGUUUACCCGCUUCGUAAAGCUGGUGGACAUGGGUGCAACCUCCAUUUACCCAGGGUCUAUAGUCGAAAGAUGGAAUUAUGAAGUGUAUGCUUAGGAUUGGGGAAGCCAGAGACCAGGUCCCGGUUGAGCACACUCUAUCUCUCUCCGAGUUCCAUAUCUGUAAUAGCAGUGAGGUGGUUUGUAACAUGUCUGACACUUUAGGUCGGUCUGUUUUAGGUAUUCAAAAGUGGUGGCUUAUAGCUUUGUGGCACGCCCAAUGGGAUUCGAUUGCGAUCCACUGUGGGGGUGCUAUCUUCGUUUGAGAUGUCACUAUAGUGGCCACCCUAUCAUCUCUUUAAUAUCAGUUUUGGCAAAGUUAAAGGGAUAGUCUAGGCAUUAAAACUACUUUAGUUUAAUGAAGCAGCUUUUGUGCAUAGAUCAUGCCCCUGCAUUCUCACUUAUGAAUUAUCUGCCAUUUAGGAGUUAAAUCACUUUUGUUUCUGUUUAUAUAGCCAUAGCCACACCUCUCCUGGCUAUGACUCAUACAAAAUAUAUACAAAAGAAAAAACUGGAAUCUGGCUAAAUUAAGAAUUUAUGAAAAAGGAAAGCCAAUACUCAAAAAUGUGUUUAAUGAUAAAAUAUGUGCUUCAAAUGGUUAUACUCACAAUAAGAUUGAAUGUGUAUCACUUUAAGGGUGCCUCCCCUGAUGUAGGUGGGGGGCUAAAUAACAUCUUGUCCUCUUUGGAAUCGUCCUCUUCUGGAAUGGACUCAGGAAUCCAGAUGUAUUCAAAAUUAUAUUUUUAUUGUAGCAGCGUAUUUACAAACAUAAAUAAAAAAUGUUAUGGGUGUAUAUAAAAAGUCCCAAGUCCUACGCGUUUAUGUAUUGUUUUCCUUUUGUGUAGAUUCUUAAUUUAGCCAGAUUCCAUUUUUUUCUUUUGUAUGUUUAAUUUUUAGUGUUAAAGAUACCCACCUGGAGGGUUACCUUGGGGGGCUGAAGUCCACAGUGAAAGUUAUUUUUUAUUAACUUAUUUAUUAUAUUUUUACCUUGUUAUAUAUUUGUUUAACCUUUGUUUGUGCUAAGAGGUAAUAUACACUGUGAAUCACACAGCCUGCAUAGAAAAAAAAAAUGGUUUCACUUUCAAUCAGAAGUUAAAGGGAAACUCCAGUGCCAGGAAAACAACCCGUUUUCCUGGCACUGUAGGUCCCCUCUCCCUCCAAUCCCCGGUUGCUGAAGGGGUGAAACUUACCAAAGGCAGCGACAUGUCCCGUGUCGCUGCUUCUUCCUCCGCCGCUGCUCCUUCCUCCGCCGCUGCUCCUCCCAGUGAUUGCAUCAGCCGGCAUUAGCGCUCCCCAUAGGAAAGCAUUGGAAAUGCUUUUCAAUGCUUUCCUUUGGGGAAAUGAGCGAUGCUGGAGGUCCUCACAGCCUGAGGACGUCCAGCGAUGCACUAACACAGGUUUUCUGUGCUGUGGACAAGGAAGUGCCCUCUAGUGGCUGUCUUGUAGUUAACCCUGCAAUGUAGUUAUUGCAGUUUAUAAAAAAAAACUGCAAUAAUUACAGUUGCAGGGUUAAAGGACCGUUAUAGUGCCAGGAAAACAUACUCUUUUUCCUGGCACUAUAGUGCCCUGAGGGUGCCCCCAGCUCUGGGGAGAGGAAAGGGGUAAAAACUUACCUUUUUCCAGCGCUGGGCGGGAUGCUCUCCGCCUCCGAUCCUCCACCAUUCCUCCCAUUCGGCUGAAUGCGCACGCGCGGCAAGAGCUGCGCGCGCAUUCAGCCGGUCGCAUAGGAAAGCAUUUACAAUGAUUUUCACAGUGAGAAUCACGCAAGCGCCUCUAGCCUCUAGAGGAAUUGGAGGAAGGAUUAAUCCAUUUGUAAACAUAGCAGUUUCUCUGAAACUGCUAUGUUUAUAAAAAAAUGGGUUAAUCCUAGCUGGACCUGGCACCCAGACCACUUCAUUAAGCUGAAGUGGUCUGGGUGCCUAGAGUGGUCCUUUAAGAGUAGUGGGAGUUGGCACCCAGACCACUCCAAUGGGCAGAAGUGGUCUGAGUGCCUGGAGUGUCCCUUUAACUUGCUCUAGAAGUUUUUAUUUCCUGCUCUGUAAAUUAAACUUUAAUCACUCACAGGGGUUUCUGCAGAGUCUAUAAGACCAUUAACAGAGCAGGAGAUAAAUAAUUCUAAAUUAAACGGAAUAUGCAAUAAAGGAAGUUUAAACGUUAGAUAUCUCUUUACAUAAAGUGUUUAAGAAGGCUGUGCAAGGCACAUGCAGGGAGGUGGGACUAGGGCUGCAUAAACCAAGUAAUUUAACUCUUAAAUGGCAGAGAAUAGAGCAGUGAGACUACAGAGGCAUAAUCUAUACACCAAAACUGUUUCAUUAAGCUAUGGUUGUUUUAGUGCCUAUAGUGUCCUUUAACUUGUAUAGAUGUUUUUAUCUCUUGCUCUGUAAAUUAAACUUUAAUCACUCACAGGAGGCUCCUGUGGGCUCUAGAAGGCUAUUAACAGAUCAGAUAAGAAAUUCUAGAUUAAACAGACUGUGCAAUAAAGAAACUUAAAAUUUCUAAGUUCCCUUUCAGGAAGUGAUUUGGUAGGUCACAUGCAUGGAGGCGUGCCUAGGGCUAUGUAAACAGUGUGAUUAAACGCCUUAAUGGCAAAUAAUUGAGUAUUGAGACGGGAGGAGAAUGAUCUAUACACCAAAACUGCUUCAUUACGCUAAAGUUAUUUUGGUGCCUAUAGUACACAAAGUAAAAUUCUGUGAGUUGUAAAGUGGCAAGCAAGUCAUUCCCAACACUUUAGUGUUCAUUUUAAAGGCUCUACUGUAAACUAAUAUUUCUUAUCAAUACAUUUUCAUGUUUUGUUUUUUUUUUAAUUGUGCUAGCGACAUCUUUGGCAACAACACAUAUUAGAGAUUUGAUAAAGGAAAGAUCCCUUAAAAUCUUGUCUUUCCCAAAUUCUAUUAGUCUGGUAAAUACUGCAAUACAAUGCUAAGCUCGCAUUGGUAAGUUGUUUCACUGUGAUGCCAUUGAUUCCUGUUUUUAGCUUGUUGGAAAAGAAACCAAUUGUAAACUCGAUGUGUGUUGCCAUUUUGAUAUCACUAGGUAGAGAAUUAUGUGGCUCACAUCCGGAGCUUGACUGAAGAAAGGGAAGCUCUCACUACGGAUUUUGAGAAAGAAAACAUUCAGCUUCGAAUUGAGCUGGAAAAACUCCAGGUUCAGCAAGGUGAAAUUCGCCAAUGUUUAAAAUUGUUACAUUUAUUUAAAAACACAUUUUGAUUUCACAUACAACUCUGUAUCUAAUGAAUCUCAUCAGCUGUGCUAUUUUUAAUAGUAAUUACUUAAAACAUUUGAUUUAUCAGAAAAUUUUUAAAAAAUCAUCAGCAUUUGUAGCAAUUUAUUUUGUGUGGUGAUAUCGCUCUGUUUCUUGUAGCUGUGUCUCUGAGGUACAAAUUGCUAGGAAUUCAAAGAAAAUUCAAAUUUUUGUUUUGUUUUUCUCAAUGCUUUCCUAUGGACGUUCUGCGCGAUGGAUGCGAAAUUCGCAUUCCCGCGUUGCAGAUGCGCCUCUAGCGGCUGUCAGGAAGACAGCCACUAGAGGCUGGAUUAACAUUGCAAUGUAAACAUAGCAGUUUCUCUGCUAUGUUUACAUCUGAAGGGUUAAAACCUGAGGGACCUGGCACCCAGACCACUUCAUUGAGCCGAAGUGGUCUGGGUUACUAUAGUGUCCCUUUAAUUCCUGACAAUUCAUUCCAUAACCUGUUAGUAAAGGGAUGAUGUUCUGUGAUAUGCUUUCAGAAUGUUCUCGCUGUGACAUUGUACGGUAUUUGGGAAAACAAUUCAACUUUGCCAAUGAAAUAAUUAAAACAGAGGGAUAGUAGAUGGGUUUUUGUAGCGGAGGACUGGUAUUUCACAGGUUAACGCUACUAAGAUCCCAGUGAGGCUCAGGAACAAGUGAUGAAAGUGAAGUGAAGCAAUAAUUCCAAUAAGCAAAGUAAUCCACGAAUAUCCCCAUACAGAUCCCAAUGACUGGACGACACACAGCAUCAGGAGCAGAACUGAUGUUUAUUCCACACAACCUCCUUUUAAGCAUUUCUGCCAUGCAAGGGAGGGAUUCAUAUUCAUUAAUACAGUACCCAAUGAAAUAGCAGUUACCUCCCACACUUCUCCUCCCCUUAGUAUGACACCUAAUCCCAUUAUACAGGAUACAGUUUUCCCCAAGGUCUGGAUGUACCCCAAGUUUAGCAGGUACACCCCUACUCUGAUCUGGAUGACUAACAUAUCCAAAAUUCACCCAGAUCGGACCAGGGGUUUGGGAGUUAGGUGGAGGGUGAAAUUUCCGUCUCCGUUCGGGAGGUAAGAUACAUUGAAAUACAUGCCAUCCAUGAAUAAACUGUAAUUCACCUAAAUGCCCUUGUUCAGUACUCCAAACUCACCGAACGGGGGACUGAAUCGUCUUCCCGUUCAGGAGUUAUGGAGCUCUGGAGGUGUCAGCGGUGUUCGGGUAAUCGAGUGUCCGAUUUGAGUUCCAGACACUCGACGACCAAACACUGCUGAGUCUUUCAUGUGUAAGAUGGCCGCCGCCACGUGUUCGUAUGUCGAAUGGCGGCCACCCAGAUACAGCAAUAAACCACCUAUUAGUUUGCGGUUAACACAUGUUCGACACUUAAUUGGGAACACACUUCACUCUGGGGGGGGGGGGUCUAUUAGUUCGGUAGUUUCCAUUCGUAUGAAAUACAUACGGAAACUACCGAACAAACAUAUGAAUGCUAGUUACAGAGAAUUACAAAACAGAAUUAACACACGAAUUGCAGGAUUCUCAUAGUCUUUUAAGGACAGCCACAGUGCCAUCCGCUACAGUUUUUAAAUCUCUUCAUGUUGACGGCAUGUAAUAAUGAAAUGCCAUUACACAGAAGCAAACGCUAUACGUAUUCCAGAUAAUUUACUUGUUUGAUGUGGGUUUGAGAUUGUAAUGGAGCAUCAGAUGUCCUCUGUUAUCUAAUGAAUCUUCUUCCAACUUCACCUUUUCAAAACUGACUGUUGGCUCUUUGCUAUCUUUCAUGAAUUCUAGUAGGGUACGCCUCUCUGACCUGGACCCUUCAAAUCUAAACACUAUAACAAAUUAGUCCAGUGUGGCAAUCAAGUGAUAAAUAAGCAUUUUUUUAACACCACAGUAGGACGCCACAUAUUAAGAUGGCACAGUGUGUAGUCAGUCAUAUUUCAUGGACUCAUCAGAAUUAGAAUGUACAAAAAAAGUGUUUGCCUCUCUCAUUAUUUCUUGCUAAAUGGGGCAUAAUAUGAUCUUCUUUAGUUCAGCAAAGACACUUUUUUUUGUUUUUGUUUUUUUUUCAUGAGUAGAUAUUAUGAGUAGCAUAAUUCUACAUCUAAAAUGAAGUUAUAGCCGUCAAAGUGUUUGUCUAAAUAAGUGUUGCAUCUAUUUUCAGAGUCACAGCUGAAGGAGGUUGAGGAGAUGCUGUACCAGGAAGGUCUGAACGAGAUUGCCCAAAGCAGCCCUAGCGAGCAGAUUGCUUAUUUAUUGGUUGAACGAGCAACUUUAUUAGAGAAGUUGGAUCUUUUAGAGCACAAGUGUGAUUCCCAGCUGGAGAAUCUGAGUGACAUAAAUCGACAGGUAGUUUUUCCUGUAAUCACAAUGUUUCUUAACUAAACUCUGAGUUGCAAAAUGUGGGCUAAAACUGCUGAUUUAAAUUCUUCUGUAGUCCCAGCUUUACUAUUUUAGACUAAAUUUUACUAUUCAGAGUUCAGUUCCCUGAAAUUCAAGAUAAGGGAUUAAACACCUAUGUCAAGGUAUCUCUAGGAUAGUGGUUGCCAACCUGUAACAUUGAUACACCACCCUUGUUGCCAUCCCCUGUCUGUACAAUCCCAUAGUACAAGCUAUCAGUCUUGCCUAAGCUCCCCUUUUGCACAAUUUCUUGGUGAAAGAUCAUAUGUAUUCACAUUCUCCUUCUAUCAAGGAGCAUAACAUUGCUUCUCUGUGCAAUAGAAAGCUGGUUGUCAGACACUGGUGCAUUAUCUCUGUAAUCUUGUCUAAUUGGAUCUAUUUAGUACACUCACGCUUGUUCAUCAGGCUGAUUAUUUACUUCUCCACUUUACACGGUCAUGUCUGGUGGAAAGAGAAUUCAGUUGUGAUUGAUAUUCAUCAGAAAGAGAAUUUAUUUUAGGUGUCACUACUUUUACCCCACAAUGGACCAGUUAGUUUUAAAAACACCGACCAGGAACUCUCCUCAUUGACAUAUUCACAACAAUAAUGUCUUAAAUGGACAGUAACGUUUACUGUACCACAAAGAGUGCAUUCCAUAGUGCAGAUGUUUCGAGCCCAGGCCUGAAGGCACACCAGCAGUCUAGGAUUUUGGCACUCCCAAUAUUUCAUUCUAAACUUAUAAUACAUGGCCAGAUGUUGUGCCUUGAGAUCUAGGUUGGUAACCAGCGCUACAGCAGACAGAGCUGCCAUUGGUGUUUUCAUAUAACUUGCUUUUUCUGGUCAUUGGUUGUCUCAUUGCCUGAAUUCUGGCUGUAGUACUAUAGGUGGAAAACCAAGAACCCAUACAUAAUUCAGCUUUCAUUUUUAUUUAUUUAAUGUUAUUUUUUUUAAAUUCUUCCUUUCCGUGCAGAUCUUACUAAAAUGAAUGGCUUCUUCUUGCAGUAAAAAUUGUGUGGCGAGCACUUCUCACAACCAUUACAUAUAAAUGCGAUCUCCGUCAGCGAGCUAAUUUGUGUAAAACCCAUUAUAUUUAGCCACUAUUGACAAUUAAGCAAAGUAGAAUGAAAGCGGAGACAUAAUCAUCAAAUUAACUGGUUACGGUAGCAUUGCAAAAAAAUCCCGAGGCAAUUGUGUCGAUGUAUGUAUUGCGUAAUGAAGGUGCUUACCAUUGAAAACAUUUCUGCUUCUAGGAUGAAUUGCAACAAAUUCAUCAGACACUAGAAGAAGAGCUCUAUCAGCAACGCGAAUCUAUGAAACGCACAAAGGAAACCCUGAAUAAGGUAAAUUAUCUCAGUAUAAAAAGUACUCUUGUGUUAAGUAUUUAUCAUUAAUGCAGUCUUAUGCUAUAGUGUGUGUAUGUAUAUGUAUCCAUUUUUCCAGUUUUAUUUACUUUGCAGCGAUGCUUAAAUCUGGUGAGGCCUUUGUGUUUAUUACUAGAGUAAAUAUUUAAAAUGCAUAUAUAUAUUUCUUUUCCUCCUAAAGGAGCAGCUGUCCUUUAUUCAGAAUCCCUGGAAGAAGUUAUUUGGAAUCCGUAAAAAUGCAGACAGAUUGUCUGCUGACAUUUCAGUAUGUUUCUGUGUCUGUUUGUUUAAUAAUACGUCUAACAAGCCAAAAAUGCUAACUAAUUCACUAACACUUUAACAGUUUUGGUGUCUGGAGUGUACCCGACUUGGGCACACUUUUUACCCUGAAUGCAUUAAGCCAUCACUAUUGUGCGAUCUGUCUGUCCAGCCUUAUUUAAGGCUUUUUUUUUUUUUGUUCUCUCACAAAACCAUUUAUUGCUUAGCUCCAUAAAAAAAGCAGAAUAGAUAAAUUUGUAGGAAAGAUAGUAUUUUCUAAUAUAGGAUACAUUUUUGAUAAAUAUGAUGUUUUUUUUUGUUUUUUUUUGCACGUGUGAAAUAAAUGACGCAAUUGCAUGUUUUUUUGUGGUUUUUUUUGUGAUGCACAGAUACAGACAGGCUUGUAGUGACAUAUUAGUGAAACCAUACAUGACAUUGAAGGCAAUCAGCUUAUGUCUGAGAGUGUUGCAUCUUUUUGUAGAUAGAUAUAUGUAACAUUAUAAUAAGCGAAAUGAACAAUCUGUCAAAAGACAUGAAUAGGAGAGGAGUAGUGGAGUGUAAUGACAGUUGUAUGCCUAGCAAGAAACAUAGAUAUAGUGGACAUGCUUAAUAAACAGUUGAAGGUUAUUUGUCAGGAGAAAAUGAAAUGGUGACAUAAUAGUAAACCAUCAUGACCACAAUCUUCCGCUAGCUAAGAGUGCUGUCUAGACAGGAGGAGUAAGAAAAGUGAAGCAAAUUAAACUGACAUGUCUACAUAAACACAGGAAUUAAGCUGAAAAGUAACUAACUAGAGCUAUCCUAGACAUUAAGGAGAUAGGCUAGAUAUAAUGAACAGUAAGUAUGCUGAACUAACUUAUAAAACAGAAUAGCGAGGCUAUACAUAGAUAGACUUGGCAUGUAAUCGCUUGGUCUCGAGUGAUAGCCCCCCUGCGGUCCCCGGGAUGAACAAAAAAGGCAGUUGAAUUGCAUGCAUACAGACGUGAGCGUUCAUCUAGGGCAUUGAAAAAUAAGGGAUAUUGGGCACUGUGCCUGACAUUGAGUCCCAGUUCUGUGUGGAUCAGCCGAUUCCUUGUUGGAGCUGGGUGUGCUCCCACUGCGCUGUUAGUUGCAGCAAUGGUGCGUGCCGCAGUCCCCUUGGUCCAGCGGUGUGGGAGAAGAGUGUCUAUUCGGUAAGUAUAGUGUGGCUCCAGUUGUGGUUCCCACCUGUCGGUGUAAUUGUUGGCUGUAGCUGUGACUGUGGAGUCGUGCUGCUGCCAUUUUAGGCCUCGUGGUCUGCCACUUGCUUGUGUGGAUGAGUUGGCCAUUGCCCUUCUUAGGCUGUGUCACUGUCGGGAAGCGAGGCACUGUUCUGCGCUGUGCUCUGGGAGUCCCCUUGAGAUGCUGUGUCUGGUUGCGUUUGCCCUUAGUGUGGCUCCGGGCAUCCGAUAUCGGGGAGCUUACGGCGCGUGCCAGGACCUUCUCUUGAGCCUCUCGUAACGGGCCUUGUGGCGUACCUUUGGGCUGGGUCCCUGGUUCCGGGGGCCACGCAAGCUUUUCCAGCUUCUCCCAGAAGGAGUCGGAGCUCCGUAUCUCUCAUGGCCUUGCAGAGGGCUGAGGCGUGUGUGCCGUCCGCCAUUUUGUCGGCCACUCCAGCGACCUCCAGACUGCACGAUCAGUUCAACCGCUUAUCUCCUACCAAGGGGAUUGUGAGGGGGUGGACCGGGAUAACCCCCGCCGGUCCAAGGGGGGGUGAACGAGGGCCCGGAGUCUUACAUCUGGCUGGUUCAGGCAGCAGGAAAGCGGACGUUUUCCCCAUGCCCACCAUGCAGGCCUCGCCAUGAGUUCGGGUAUGUCUCAGUGACAUCGUCGCUUGGGUGGUGUCUAUGUGUGCGCCCCGGUAUCACCUGUCGCUUGGUGGCCUUUAAGCUUAAUUUUGGUGCCGUUUAGGUGUCUGUUUUUGCCCCAAGCAGCAGGAGCUGGUGAGGCAUGCUUCCUCUCUGCUCAGCGGUCAGGCCCCGCCCCGAUUGCAUGGUUUUUAAUGUUGUUGUUUUGGUUCUGUCAACCUUUUCUAUGAAGCAAUUUGUUUGGAACUGUUUUAACACACGUAUGCAGAUUGUGCAAGAGAUUAUUUGACAAGGAACCCUCACCCUGUGACUCAAUGUAAAAACAAGUAAAAUGGCAGACACUUGUUUUAUUUUCUAUGGCUGUGCAAAGUACUUUUUUAUUUCAGAAAAAAUCCCCAAAAAUAUGUUUAGUAAAUAAUUAUUUUAAAGAGUGUUUUUUUUUUUAAAUUUAUUUUUUUAAAGAAAAUCUCAAUAUAAAAUAAUAUUAAAAAAAAAUGCUUGGAGAAUAUUCACAUGUUCUAACCUAUCAUUAGAAAUUCCUCAUCGGCUCCCAGCAAUUUCCUGUUUAGUGAAUAAUGUCAUUCUAGAAUCAAACCGCAACGUGGGAACAUUCCAAACCCCUAAAACACUUCAAGAGUGUCCCCAUUUACUUGUUUUAUAAACAUGUGGAGACGUUACUUUGUUGCACCUCCUGGAUGGCUGAUUGACUUUUUCUAAAUGCUUCGUGUCCCACCAGAAAGCACCUGUAAAACUUCUCGUAGUGAAGCAUUAGUUUCAGUGCUUCUUAAUAACAAGCAUUGAGGGUGAAACACAGCUUUUUCCAUGCAUGCACCCUGCUUCCUAGUGCUUCCCUGUGAGAAGCAUUUGAUUGGCCUGGGAAUCAAUACUAGUGAUGAAAUCCCGGAGACAGAGGCGAAGCUGAGGCAAGGAAACCUUCUUGCUUAAAUAUAAAUAGAUUUUAAAAAACUUCAGCGUUGUAAAUUAAAGGUAUUUCUUUAUAAUGGUGGUGUUCCUUUAAGAUUUUACCUCCGGAUUAAUUAACAAAACAACAAAUGACAAUCCGAUUCAUAGUUAUUAAAAUAAACAUCUAGGGUUUCUGCUCUUUAAUUGGAAGUCCUGAUUCUUUGACGUCAGCAAGUACUACAGAGCUUUUAAUGGAAAUAAUAUGUAAUAUGAUGAUGAUGACACUGGUCCAUAAGGAGUUAAAACCCUGUGUAUAUGCACUGUAAUGUGCACAUUCCUGUUUGCUUCUUAAAAUGUUUCUGACUCUCUUGGAGGCAUUGCACAGUACAUCAAACAGCUGUUACUGGAAAGUACAGUCCUGGGAAAGUGUCAGUAUAUGUUCAUCCUGAGCCACUCUGCUAUGUAAGACUAGCCUAUUUCAUUCACUAAAUUGUGUAACCUGAAUACAUGCCAUUUUUGACUAGUAAGAGAUUGGGCAGAUGUGGUUAUGACAGUCACACAAUCUGCAUCAUUGGUGAUAUACCCAGCUGUGAUGUGGGUGUGUUGUUCCAGUGCGAUAUUACGUUGUUUUUACAUACCCCUGCUGCACUCUUUACCCCACUGAAUACUUCAGUGUAAUUUACAGGGGUGGGGGAAUGAUGGUCUGUCUCUUCCAGAGAGGUGACAUUACCUCUUUAAGAAGGAGCGCUUGGGUGCAACAUUUGCCACCAAACUCCAUGAAAUUUUUGACUAUUGCGCUUCCAGCUGGGAGAUAUUUUGACCAGAAGAAACCAAAGUAUUUUUUUUUCAGUGCUGCACUAAACAUUUGUUUGUUUUCCUGUGAUCCAUCUGCACUGUAUGCUGUACUUUAUUUAAAGGGAAACUAGACCAGAAAAAUCACACUCUUUUUUACAGUUUGCUAUCUAUAUUGCGGAUUAAACAAAUAUUGCAACAUAGAUAGAAUAAGUUUUAAGUACCCUGCACAUGUACUAUUUAGUGAAUCUGCCUGCAGUGGAAGGCAGAUUCCUCCCUGACUUUUAAUCAGUGUUGCGAUCUGGAGUGCCUCAUUAUUGUCCAAGAGGUCUAUGGAGAUUAUGAGAUAAGUAGUUCUUCACUCGAGCUGUUCCAUUCAUCACAUAGAAUGAGUAGAAGUGAUAUGCAAAACUGACAUCAGACAGACUGGUUGCUCUCCGUUUACAAAUAGUAUGUUUCCAACAACUGAUAAAGCCACAGUCUGGCUUGGCUUUCUAUUCUGGAUAAAGGGUAUGUGAAUGUGGUAUGCACACUUUUCAUGGACAACAUUGAUAUCAGGUAGGUGAAACGGAGCAUUCUGUCUGUCUUGCAAAUGUUGAAAUGUGUAAAUAAUUUCUGCAAUUUUAAGUCAUCUCAUUGAUGUUACAGGUUACCCACUGCACACCCAGCUUUGCGAUAACGUUGUGAUGUUGCUUAGUGGGACCAUUUAAAGUAUACCUGUCUGGGUACACACAACUGUUUUAAUAGUAAAUACAAUUUUAUCUAUGCACCGUGCCAUCUGAAUUGCUUUCUUUCAGUUGCUCGGCAUAGAUCAGCAUAGAUUUCUGAUUAAAAACUGACUGACAGGUAGAGCUGGAAGACCCUCCCACAAAAAGUCAUCCAGCUUUUCUAAAAUAAUCAUCAGCCUGUCUCAGUUUCCAACUGAGCAUCUUGGGAAAUGUAGUCUACAAGCGUCUCCACUGCUGAAGUGUUCUAUCACUGCUCUGCAGCCACGUGGAAUCACCUUUACAUAACUAGACUCUAUUUUUUACAAUAUUAUAAAAAUAGAUAAUAUAACCAGAUGUUUCUUAAAGGGACACUUCACUACCCAAAUUAAUAACAAACAACUGUUUAGUAGAUAUACCUCCAAUAAAACAUGAAUGUAUUUAAUUCUUCUUCUUUUUUAAAUUGUGGGUAUAUCUAUACUAGCUUGAAAAUCCCCCACCCCCCCCUUUUUCCCAGGCCAGACUUUCUGUGAUUGUCCAAUUACAGACUCCCCAGUGCAGCUCGAUGAGUAGUCUUUGCCAGACGGUGCUCUGGGAAAUUGCCUAACUCUUCAGCUAAACUGAGCUAAACAAACCAGGAAGUAACAGGACUUGUUUUCUGAUUGACAUCUAGGAACUAGUUACAAGCUUAUGUUAUAGAAGCACUCAUUUCUAAUGAAAUCUGCACUUUUUGUAAAAUGAAAAAGGGCGAUACACUCUUAAUACACAAAUGCUUUAGCGGUCUGUAGUGUCUCUUUGAAAAAAAUUCCAAGCUCUGAAAUUUUCCUGACAAGAUUAUUCAGAAAAGUGUGAAUUGUUGGGAAUUAAAAGUAAAUUUUAGAAUGGAGGCCAAAAUAGCCAAACUGAACACAUUGCUUACUUUGAGAAUGUUUCCAGUUCAGGGAUUGAGUCUAAAACAUGGACUUUACAGAAAAUGACUCAUUAAUAAAUUAUGCAUUCAUAAACACUUUGUUCAGUGUGAAUUAAAACUGGUUCUAUUUCUUCGGGACUGAAAGUUGACACCAUGUCGUGCUGUGUGUGAGAGGAUUAUAUCACACAGGUGUCAGUCCAUCUAUUCAUCUCUUGUUUUAGUUUAAUGUUUUGUUUUAUUUAUGAAACCAUGCGGAAAAAGUCUGGGCUAUUCACUAAACAGUGAAUUGCUGGGAAUUCAUUAGGGAGUUGCAACAUGUAGGCCAAACAACAUUUUGUAAUUCUGUGGUUUAUUCUUAAAAAUUUGCGGUUAGACUGUAAAUAUUACCUUUUUGUACUAAAUAAUACUAACUGUAUAAUAACCUGAUACAUUUGCCAAAUUAAAUAAACGCUUCUUAUUUAACACAAUUUAAAGUCAAGUAACUUGUUGUGGGGGGAGGGAGGGUCAGGACUGCUACAUCGGUACUUGGAAGGGGCUUAGGGCAAGGGCAGGGAGCAUGUGCUCUGCACCUCUGGCAAGUGCAGACCACAGUAAUUAAAUUUUUGUGGACCCAUCUCUCACUAAUGAGUCACAAAGCUACUACCAAUUCACAGGCUGGGCUAUGACUUAUGAGCACUGUGACUGCGAACAAGCGAUUACUGCGGUUUUCACCUGCUGGAGGUGCAGACCACACGCUCCCCCACUGGACCACCAGAUAGUUAACAACCUUUGGAUCUCCAGGUAUCCAGGACCCCUGGUACACCACAAGGGAUCAUAGCACCCCUCCCAGGAGAACAUUAAACAGGAGUAGGGCCAAAACAGAGCACCAUCACACACAUCAACAUCGCACACAACACAACCAGCACAUACUACACUCCUUACUCACGGCCAGUCCACACAACCAGCACACAACACACAGUUAUUACACACAGCCAACACACACAUUACACACACCACACAGUUGUUUGGGAGGGCAGAGUGUGAGUCAAUCUCAAAACUCCAGCAAUUAAUUUUCUCUAAAAUUAAAUCCGAAUGACAAAACUGAAGCAAAAAUAGUUGUGGCUGUAGGCAAAUUUUUUUCAGAACAGCUAUUUUUGCCAUCGGUUUUUCUAUUUUAAUUUUAUUUGUGAAAAUUUAGAGUUUAUCAAUGUCCAGUACUCUAGGCAUGGGCCUACUCUUUCUAAGUGAAAGUAUUUUAUGUCAGGAUAAGUAGAUUGUCGUAACGCACAAAUAGAUUUGGCUUCUGCUUUGAUCUUUUGGACAAGUAGAUGUUUUUAUUUUAUUUUUAAUGUUCACACCCCUGAAACAAACCCCCAUUGUCUCCGCUAUAAACACAAAUUUAAAAGGGCAGUCUAGAUAUCAUAACCUCUUCAAUAUGCUACAGUGAUUAUUGUGGCAGGAUCGUUCUGGGGCCGGCACUGCCAUAAGUAGUCAAACCGUUUAAAAAACCGUUUGUCACUUACCUGGGUUCUCUAGGAACCUGCAGGCUGGUAAUUAAUGGUUUAAAUGCAGUUAUUUUCUCCUUAUUUUUGUCAAACAGUUCUCAAGCAAAAAAAAAAAACAGCGGUGUCCUUAGCCAUUACAGUCCAACCCCUCAACUUGGGAUGUUUUAAUGAGGAGGUUUAAAUCCUGAAGUGCCACCAUCUUCACACAGGUAUCAUGUGGCACAAUGAUUACACCAAAACCACUACAGCUAUUUGUAGUGAUAAUGGUGCUUAGAAUGUUCCUUUAAAAGCCUGAAGGACGAGAUAUUAAUUAUUCACCUCUUACGGGCUUCUGAAUCUCCAGAUGUGUGAAGUAGUUCUGCGUAGUUUGUGGUUUUACAUUUGGAGAUGUUAUAAACCAAGUACAAUUCUUGGCUGGAUGGCUAACUCCUGGCUCAUAAUUUUCUUACAAUCUCACUAAUUAAGCACAAUAUUGAACCUGUUGUGAACAAUUUUUUUUUUUCUUUGCAACCCCAGACCUAUGACGAAGCACUCGAUAAGGAGAAGAAAAUGAGAGAAUGCAUUGAGAGAGAUUUGGACGAAGCAGCGCGGAGGCUUCAGAUGUCUCAUGGAGAGAUCCGCAGGCUGACUGAUGAAAUACUAAUUAAAGACAAAGUGAUUAGCGAACUUGGUAAAUAUUUGGACUCCUGUAGCGCGUGAAAUGCUUUUAAAAAAAAUACUAUUUUAUGAACUCUUUCAUGUUCUAAUCCAAACUGCUUAAAUAUACCUAGAUGAGUGAUUUUAAAAAAAAUUCAUUUAGGAAGGUUCUUUAUCUGAGCUAAGAGCUUAAUUUGUAGUGUAUUAUUGCUGUCUUCAUUUAAGAACACUCCACUAAACAAUUUAGUAGAUAUACCCCAAAUAUAUAUGUAUUUUUACUUUGCAUGCUACAUGGAAAAAAAACAGCUUGCAAAAGCAGCAUACAUGCUGACUGCAGCUUUUGCAAGCACUCCCCUUUAUCCCAGGCACAUGUGGAGCUAACUGAAGCUGAAGAAACCCUUCUGCCCCAGUUAUAAAAGUGCUGAUUUCUUUAGGAAAAAAAGACUAACUCCAAACACGUAAAGCACUGUAGCAAACUGAAGUGUUUUAUCUGUCUGCAGUAUUCCUUUAAUUUGCUGUCAUGCACUGCCCCCUCAUGGCAGUAAAAAUCUUUGACUAUAAAGCCAUUUUAGUUUAAGUUGUAUUUAAGUCAUCUGAAUUGUUUUAGUUUUAUUCUAGUUUUAGUCCACUAAAUCUCAAAAGUUUGUCAAGUAAAAUGUGACUAAAAUUGUUAGUCGACAAUAUUAACACUGGUGGAUUCCAGUUCCCACGGAGUACUGCCAUCCUUAAUGCGAUCAUGUUCUAAUUCACCUAGCGGGAUUGACUCACCUCUGCUUGCAGCCCAGAUCAGCUGCUGAAAUCUUAAAGGGACACUAUAGUCACCCAGACCACUUGAGCUCAAUGAAGUGGUCUGGGUGCCAGGUCCCUCAGGCUUUAACCCUUCACAUGUAAACAUAGCAGUUUCAAGAAACUGCUAUGUUUACAUUGCAGGGUUAAUCCAACCUCUAGUGGCUGUCUUCCUGACAGCCAAUAGAGGCGCUUCUGCAACGCUGGAUGCAAAUUUUGCAUCCAGUGUGCAGAACUUCCAUAGGAAAGCAUUGAAAAAUGCUUUCCUAUGGACUGUUAGAAUUUGCGCGCGGCUCUUGCCGCGCAUGCGCAUUCUGCUCCACUCGGGAGCUGACGUCGGCGGGGGAGGAGAGGUCACCAUCGCCCAGGGAGCCCGGCGCUGGAUAAACGUAAGUGGCUGAAGGGGGACCCUGAGGGUGAGGUUCCCCCAAGGAUGACAUAGUGUCAGGAAAACAAGUUUGUUUUCCUGACACUAUAGUGAUCCUUUAAUAUUCAUAAUAACUAUAAUUUUUUUACCAUUGAUAAAAUUAUACAUUUUGCAUCAUUUUCACAAAAUAUUUCUUUUUAUAUUUUGUCCCACGUACCUCUACAAUAGUGCACAGUUACAUACCUACGUUGAAUCCAUAGUGUAAAUAAUACUUGUCAAACUAUAAUUCCCAUCAAUCUUUGCCACACAAAACACAGCAAGAAAUUGGCUAAAUUGGAGUCUUUUUUUAUUUUAAGCAUAUUUUAAACCAUGCGAGAAUACUUCGAAUUCCAUGACUUUAUGCACUAAAAUUAAUUAUUCACUACUAAAGAUUUUUUUCAUUAUGCCUACAGUUCUCAAACCUAAGCCCUCAGCUGUUUGUGGAUAAAAAUACUCUCUUGAGACAGAGAAUUAUGGGAAAUUUCCUUGCACCAUGCGCUGAUACUGAGCAUUGCUGUCAGCAAUCAGACAUUUUACUGAGUUUCUGACUUCACCCACCUUAAAGGUUAGAUCUCUUUUGAAUUCGACACUUUGCUCUACAGCAAAUCGUAGCCAACGUGAGAUUUUCAGAGUUAUAAACUCUAAGAGAAUUGAAAUUACAUUCGAAAUUUAAUUGACAGUAUUCUCUACACAACUAGGCUUUCAAGUGCGUAAAAAGGCAGCAAUUUAAAAACGUUCUGAAAUUCCACUGUCAUUAUGCUCACAUUUACUUAUUUAUUCCAGAACAAAGUAUGCAGAGGAUGCAGCAGGAGUCCGAGGUGCUAAAACAAAACCUGAAAAUUGCUCAGGAAAAUGGUAUGUUAUGUACUUACUUUUAAAAUCACUUUUUGCAAUCAUCACCUAAACAGGGAUUUAUCUGCAGAAACAGAAUAGGGUCAAAGGUCUCAUAAUAAUUCCCUUCUCUGGGUACUCUAAACCUUCUUUAGUCAUACUGUCCUGAGGAUGAUGCUAAAUAUUGCUGAUCACUUUGCUUAGUUAAAUUCAUAUUUGACAGAUUGUUGACCAACUGAGCUCCUUUUUAAAUCACUACAGGCAAAAUUGGAAAUAGUUUUUGUCUUUACUCCUUGUUCCUUGGAUUGCUUUUUUGGAGGUUAGGCCAAAAACAGUGUGAUUUUCAGUUAUAUGUGUGACGGACCGCUGGCACUCCGACUGAGUACCACCGCCAAUCGAUGCUCCUAGUGCUCGCUGAGGACUCCAACCGACACCAUCAGCACUGCAGACCCCACUUCCAGCGAUGCAACUGCGCAGGGGUCUCUGCUGUCUCCACCCACCCUGGACCCAAGGCCAGGAUCCAGCUUCCAGUGGGUGAACCUCUCUUUCCCCAGAGAGCAGGAACAGGAACAAGCUCUUAGCAGAACUUAGUGAUCAUACCCUGGGGAGUAUAGUGAUUAUAGCAAUCCCCAGAGUGUAUUUCUCCAAUCUCCCAAACAUGAGCCAAGGCUUAAUGCUGGAACAAGACUGAUUUACUGUCACACAGAACUCACAAUUUAUGCAACACAAAACUCCUCCUCUGGGCCAAGCUAGAUAAUUGAGUUUCUACAAUACACAAAGCUCAAUUAUCUGCUGGCCAGAAAUAAUACAGUUUUUACAGCAUUCAUAACUUCUAAAAUAUACAUCACAUUCACAUAAAAAUAUAUAUUCACAAUCAAUCCAUUCAGGGAAACAACAUAUCAAAAAAUGGCAUGAAUCAGACCAGGGGUUCAGAAGUUAGUCAAGUAUCUUUUGGGGCCUGGCUGGCAGCAUGGCUAUCUAGCCCAAACUGGUUUUACAGAGCCCUCUAUCCUGGAGACAAUGGGGAAAGUAAUCCAAUUAUCCAGGGAUAGAAGCAGACUCCAUUGAGCACAUGUUCCAGGUAAAACACAAAAGGAUACAAAAAUACAUAACUCCUAUCAUACUGAAUUGAACGGGCCAAAUCUCCCAGGGUCCAUAGUCACAGGACAAGAGGCGGGCAAACAGUCCUCUCCAGGCACAAGUGGCGAAGGGCACUUUGUCACAAUAUGAUGGACCAGAUUUUAGACUAAUUUCCUGUUUAGUGCAUUGAUUUUGAUCACAUAGAUGGCAAAUUGUUGUGUUGUUUAUUUUUUUCAUUUAUUUUUUUGCUUAGUAUAUACAUAGUUGGUCUUCAUGUGUCAAGUCCAAACUGUCAGACUGCUUAUGUUUAAUACUGUAUGCUUUGUUUUAAAUUAUGUCUCAAACCUGUUGUGUUUUUACAUUUUCUAUAUAUUUAUGUAAAGAUUCUCAAGAACUGCAAAAAGCCAAAGAAUACAGCUCUAGAUUAGAUAAGGAAAUUCUAGCAUUACGUAAUCGCGUCAAAUCACUGGACUCUGAAAGGAAGAAGUACAUGGAACAGGUAGGUCAAAUUAAUUCUGUGUAUCAAUUGCAAAUUUAGACUGAGGGUAACUGGUAUUUACAAAAACUGUUCUGCCAAUAUAGGACUAUGUUGUUGGGUGUGGUAGCAUAUCUAACAAAGUCUCUGUAGUAGUUAUGAUGCCAGCAGUACACAUAGAGCCCACCAAGAUUAAGAACUGUUUGACAAGUUACUUGGGUCAUGCUGGGUGCCCGUCACUGCCUCCCUUGGUGCUGGUAGCAUUUGCUAGCUCAGUGCCAGGAGCUUCCAGCAGCAGAGGAUAUGGUGGCUCAUAACCGAGGGGACCCAGGUAAUUUGUGAAACCGUUCUUAAAUGGUUUGACUACUUACUCUGGGAGGCCAACAGGGGACUCCUGCCACCAAACGUUACAGCGGGCUGUAGUGUUCAUGGUACUUGAAGUGUUAUUUUAAAAAUAUAAAAGCUCGAUUAACUAUUGGAUUGUGCAGUAAUGAGAGAAGUUCCAGUGUAAAUCAUUUUUCAUGGCUUUUGACACGAUUCACUAUGAUGGAACUGCACUAUAUAAAUUAAUAUAUAUGAGGUAUCUGGUUCCUACGCAACUUAAUAACAUUUCUAGAAAUAAUUCAGAUAUGUGUUGGAGAUGCCAUCUGGAAAGGGGCAAUCUAACACAUCUGGUGGGAUUGCGUAGGACUAGAAAAAAUUAUAUCCUACCUACAAAUAUCAUUCAAUAGUAAUAAGCUUACUCCAUAUAUGUUUUUAUGGAAUCUAGAGUUCCCAUCAUGUAAUAAAGCACAAAUAGUAAUAGCUCUAAAUUGGACUGUACCUUUUUGUUAUGAAAAAACUGCGUUCCGUUCUGUAUUGGUAGGAAAUCUGAUCGCAUACAGGAAAUAUGCGAUCAAACUGAACAGGAAAUAUGCGAUCAAAUUUCCUACCAAUACAGAAUGGAAUGCAGUUUUUUCAUAACAAAAGGUACAGUGGAGAAAUACGAGAACGUUUGGGAACCUUGGAAGAACUAUAGAACUAUGCAAUCUCGUAAUACAUAACAUUAUUAUAUCCAAAUUAGCUCUAACCAUCCAGCAUGGACAUUGAAUUUGCUAUUGAUUUGCUAUAGAUGUCCCCCUCCCCCAGGACACCCAUGUAUGUGUGAAUGGAAGUAUGCAUAGAGGACAUGUAUGUAAUAAUAUUUAUAUUGCACUAUAUAUUGUAUUUUGUACAACGUUUAACAAAGUAUAUGUUUAUUAACUAUUCAUAUGCAUCUAAAAAGGUAUCACCAAUUUUCUAAAGUCACAUAUAUUGUAUGAGAAAAAAAAAAACGUUCAAAAUAAAGAAUUCUAAACAGAAAAAGUGGUGUAUCGAAAUUUCUUUAAAGGGCGUAAGAAAUAAGUGACUGCGAUUUUACGGCAUUUAAAAGAUAGUACCUUAAAAGGCCUAUGUCCCUUUGUAUACACACAAAGAGUUUAGAAAAAAACAUUCUAAUGACUGUUUUUUUUAGGUGCAGUCUGUUGAACCCCUUCAGGACAAUCAAUAAAUCAAUACCGUAGAACUGUUACAAUAAAAAAAGCUUAUGCUGGAGCUGAAGGGGCUACUAAGUCCGCGCUAAUUUUUUAACUACACUUUUUAUACACAUUGAACUCUUCUCUGCUGCUUUGUAAAUUUCCAUCAUUGCUUUAAGAAGAAAAUCUUAAUUGGUGCCUUUUCUAUCUACAGUUUGAUAAAAGCACAAGUGAAUCAUUAGCAAACUCACCAUCUAAGCAAAACACAAACCAUCAGGACAACGAACUGCUUCAUAAAAGGUAUUUUUAUAUUUUACAUUUGUUUACAAACACACUGUCUGUUCAAAGUUGUUUGCACAUCCCUAUGGCUAAAUUUAUUUAGACUGCAUGCAAGGGCAUAAAAUGUAAAUUAAUUUAAACCUCAUGUCGAUAUGUGAACAGCUAUGUACAAAACUUUGGAGGAAUUCCCAAGCAUGCAUGUGCAUAUACACCAUUUUUCAGCAGAUGAUUACAUGCGCAACAUGGGAUAAUGUCCUAGACAUGGACAUAGUAAGUCUAUUCAUGAGUUUUGUAGAGAUGGGCGAAUGAGGAAUUCUCACUUUCAAAUAGUGGCAUGGGUAAAAGAUCUAGCACUCAAAACCCAUGACUUAAUUUUCAUCAGAUCCUCCUUGGCAAAGAGCAGAUAUUGCAUAUAAAUACUAAUUUCUCCUCUUUGUAAUUAUAUCUCCUGCCCAAUGCUAAUAUCACACAUGGUCAGUACUUUGUAUUGCCCUGCAAAGAGCUGGUUGGGACAAGGGUUACUCGUUUAAUUUAGAGAGCUUAUGAUCAACCUGGGAAUGGUGGUUAAUCUACAUAACAAUAAAGGGUAUCUGCUCCCAUUGGCCGCUGGUAAUUCAGCAAAAUAUCUACAGUGGUUCAUUUCAAUUCAGUGUGUGACUUCAUAUUAUGGAUGAAUUGACACUACUGGUAAUUGUACAUGGAAAACAAAAUCGCACACAAACAUUUGCUCGAUUUGAAGAUUACAAAUGGUUCAGAAGCUCAAUCGAAAAGUGACGUCAUAGUCAAGAAAACGUAUACUGUAUGUAAUCACUUUCCAUAGCUGUCGAUUGGCGAUUGAAGGGCGAGAGUGUCUGAAUCAGCAAUUGCUUCACAAGCUACAGAAACUGCAACACGAGCAUGAUGAGACAGUGGAGCGCAACGAGGAGCUGGAAUCCAUUUUGGGAGAAACACAGAAUAAAACAAAGGAGCAAAUUGAAUACUUUGAGAGUCAAACCGCUGGACUCCAGAAUACAGUAAGUCAUUAAAAGAAAAUAUUGUAUCUCUUGUUAGGCAAAAUCUACAGGUAUUUUAAAGCCAUACUUCAGGCUGGAUGUGACCUUCAUUUUUGAUGUAUUAUAUAAAUAUUGGGUUAUAAAAAUGAAAAAACAAAACAAAAAAAAUACCAUAAGUUAUCUUAAAAAUCCAUGUUUGGUUUGCACAUUUUGCAGUGAUCUUUGUCCAGACUAAAAAGUGGCUCAACUAGUCACGCUCUUAUUUUCUGGUGUCUGAACAAAUCCCAUUAACCUGACAAUAAGUACUUACCAUAGAAGUUCCUGUGUUUUCUGCAAAUCUCCAGGAUUUACUGUUUUCUGCCAAACGCCAUAUUCAUACUAGGAAGUAGCUGACACUUUUCAUCAAACUCUAGAUGCCCUAUCCAUUGUCAUUCUUGCCCAAGUUGAUAGCAAGAGCAUUUAUCUCAAUAGUGACUCCAUUCAUAGUUUUGUUAAUGGAGCUGAUGAAGCAUCGUGCAUGUAACCAUCUCUGGCUUCUUCAGAGAAAGCUGUUAAAGAAUAGGGGGACGUAAGCUGACUUCUCCAACAUCUUUGUGUAAGUAGUUGGCUUGCAUCAGCAGUGACUGGAAGCUAGAGUAGGUGGAUCUCCUUAGUACAUAACCUUUAUUCGAAUCAUUGAAUGUAAGUGUGGAUCCAUGUUUAAAUUGGAAAAGAUCUGCAAAGCUUAACCUUUUUUGCUUCCUUGUCAUGGCAAUUCGUUCUAUUGAUGUUGAUGAAUGAGCCAAGAAGAAAAAAAUCUGUAGUUCAUGUGCCUGGGAACAUAAUGAACAAGCUACCAAGGCAUUUGUUUUGGUGCUUUAAGUGGCAGCUAUAAAAUCUUGAGGCCACUCAGAGAGAAAUAGUCAUACUCUUUCAAUGAAAAGGAAUAAAGUCUGUCGCAUUUCACUCCCACAGACCAAAGUCUGGUAGAAUAUCAUUAAAUGCGUCUCCAUAGGUGUAACCAUAUCUCCUUAAAAUAUAUUUCAAAUCUUUAUUCUUAUAUUAACCAUUUCAAUGUUAAUUACUGAGUAAAUUGCAAUACUUACUGAUUAAGGUCUACAUGCACCAAAACAGUGUUAAAGAUUUGUUUAACUUUAAAAAAAAUUGUGCUCUGCACGAAUUAAUUUUUAUUUAGGAAUUUGGAGACCCAUGCAUUAAUCCUUGUUGUGUGGCCACAUACACCUUUAAAGCAGGCUUCCCCAAACUCUGGCCCUCCAGAUGUUGCUGAACUACAACUUCCAUGCUUCUCAGCCUAUCUAUUUAAUUCAUAGAAUCAUGGGAGUUGUAGUUCAGCAACAUCUGGAGGGCCGGAGUUUGGGGAAGCCUCCUUUAAAGGGUUACUCCAACCCUUGUGAGGUCCAAUCAAAUGGUUCUGAUAGGGAAACAUUUGAUUGGACCAUUUGACUGGCUUAGAGUGCAUGCACGCACUCUGAGCUGGCAAGAGGAGAGGAAGUGGGGAGGGAAAAGACAAAACCUGUGUGGAUUGAGUUGGCAGAUGAGCUGCACACAAGAAUGAAAGGUGGCAGGGGACAUCCAGAUUUUCUCUUGCAGUCUCUGCCUGAAAGGGCAAAGCUCUAUAUAUCCAUUGUCCGUGUGCUGUGCGCGCUGGCGAUAGACUUAUUUUAUGCACAGAACUGACAUUGGGGUGGGGUGCAAUUUACCCCCUAGCAUACACAUGUAAUCUCCGUAUGUGCAGUGUUUUUCGCUGAAGCACUGCUUAUACUGACUCCUACCACGAUGACCACUUCUAAAAGCAGAAAUGGUCAUGAUGGUUGGAGUAACCCUUUAACUUUAUUACUGAUUAUAUGUGUCACAUGUUCUUUAACAAAUUUAGUGAAAUAGGUUUUAACUUCCUUUUCUUCCAGUGCUGAGACUCACUCAGUGCUUCCUCCUACUCAUCCUCCCGCGAUGUCAUCCUGGAGAUAUGGCUUCCUGACUUCUUGCCCCAAUCUAAUGCACCUCCUAGACUAGAGGAAUUCAAAGCAUACUUCAAAUCUGAGGCCAAAAUAGCCAAACCGGAAAAAUUCUCCUAGCUGCCUAUAUAUUUUCAUAUUUAUUUUGGCUUAAAAUUGAAAAUUCAGGGGGCGGAGCUAGAAGGGCAACGGAGUGGUCGCACUUCUCUGAGCCCUGGCUCUAACCUGCUCUAAUGUGGCUUUUUAUGGUGGAAUCCGGGUUUAAAAGACCCCACAAACCUCACUACAGCAGGCAGGUAAACUAAAAAAGCAAAAGCUUCCAUGGCAGGGAUAUAGGAGACCUGCUGCGGAACCCACAGCUGGCCACGUGGUCCAAAAUGGCGCUGGCCGACGACCUCUCCUCAUACUCCUCGGAGGAGUUUGCCUCGGACCUCUUGGAAAGAGCAUCCUUUGGGCCCAUGCCAGACCACAGAAAGCCGGGGACCCGGUCACUGCGGACCAACUUAAAGAGAUGCUGGUGGAGCUACGCAAAGACCUGGCGGCAGACACGGCCUGCUAUAAAGAGACUAUUGAAGGAGCUGGGUCAAAAAUAACCAGAAUCACCAAGGUGGAAUAGCAGGUAGCAGACCUGGCACUGCAGCAGAUCGCCACAUCAGAUAGACUGGAUGCUUUAGAAGAUCAGAGAAGGCGUUACAACCUGAAAGUCUGGGGGACACCUGAGUAGGUGGAAAUCGCUGACCUACUCCACUACAUAAGGCGCUUCUUUGGAGUCUUGCUCCCACCAAAGCAGGUGAAAUCCUUGAAGCUGGAUGGUAUGUUCAGGUUACCAAAGCCAACUAGAGCACCGGCGACGGCAGACCUCAUACUUAGAUUUCAAGCCCUCUAGGAUACAGCCUCACUCCUGGCCGCUCUGCGAGGGAAAACCCCUCUGCUGUUUGAGGGCUCCUCACUAACAGUAUUCCCAGACCUCACCAAAAGCACCCUAACCUGGCGGAAAUCAUUGCAGCCUCUCCUGCAACACCUUUGCGCCAGAGAGAUUCCCUACAGAUGGGGCACACCACAAGCUGUAUUGUUUACACAUAACGGCACUUCCCACAGAGCACAGGGAUAUCAGGAGCUGGAAUCGCACCUAAAUUCAACGGGCAUACUGCAGGCCUUACCGCUAACUGGAACAGGCCUGUCUGGCUGAACCCGGCAGCCAUUCGUGAAUUUACUCCAAGAGAAAACCAGAGAGCCUCACCUGCCAGGCCACCCACCUGAGGAAGCAGAGGCUGACCCACUCAAGGGUACUCUGAAUUGCACCAUUAUCAUACAUGUCUACCACAGUUAGAGUUUGCUUAUUUUUUUGUUUCUUUCUUAUUUUUCUUUCCUGUUUUUUUUUUUCUGUUUCUAACUUUACUUUUCUUGCAAUGUUUAUUAGCCUAAUAUGCUGUUACCCCACGUAGUCUCAUAUGCAAGCACAACGACUAAUGCUAAACACACCUCAUUGCCGAGUAGCCACACUCUAUUAUCUUUCACUACCUCCCCCCCUUGCCGGUUAAAAGAUUGGCCCCUCUACACUACUCGCAUAGUCUAUGGGCAAGGGGUAAACCCCUCUAUGGUUCUCACCAAAACUGGAUAUUCACACUUAUCACAUCCACACAGGGCCCACUGGCUGUUUAAUUUUACUACAUAUUUCAUAAUAAUAAAAAUAAAUAAAAAAAAUAAAUUGAAAAUUUACUUUGAAUUCAUUAUUCGUACUUUACUAAUAUCUGUUUCUAUAAAAAGAAAAUCAAUCAUCGUGCAUUGCUUACUUUUUGAUGUGAUGUAACAUUUCAUUUUUGCUUCUGACCUCCUCUAUAAGGUCAUAUUGAGCACGUAAAAGAGAUAACAUGUUCAUUUUUCAUGUAUGAAACCUCCCCCUCAAAAAUAAGUUUUUAAGAUUUGUCCUCCAUAUUCACUUUAUUCAUUUUUUUUUGUUUGUUUGUUUUGUUUUUUUUAAAUUUGGGUGUUAAAUAGAAAACCACAAUAAAGCAGAAGCUGCCUAUUCAUAUUGAUAAAUUGGGAGUUAGAUCAUUCUUUGUCACAUUUUUCCGUUUAAAAAAAAAAAAAAAAUGCUUAUUCUACCCCUUGUAUCAUUAAACAUAAAAUGCUGUCUUUUUAUGGAAGAAUAUCUUUGGCAGAAACCUGUGAACGUUUAAUCAACUUUUAUCAAAGUUCUGAAUAUGUCACUUAUUGUCAAGUUCCUGGCAAUUGCAGAUUUUAAUUCAGUAUAGACUGUAGUUUUGUUGUUUUUUUUAUUUUAUUUUUUUGUUCUGAUAGGCUAAAGUGGCCAAAAUUUUUGCAUUUUGGUCAUCAGUUUACAGUAACUCACUGUGCAGUGAAACGACUUAAAAUAGUUAAUAGAAUGUGAGCUCUAACAUGGCUUUUAGAAAAUGCAAGCAAGCAUUUAGGAGAAUUUUAAUAACAAUAACUGCUUGAGAGGACAUAACGCUUGCACUGUCAUACACUGGAGUGUUCCAUCAGAAAUUCACUGUAAAUUGUGAUUCAGACUAACACUGGUAGCUUGAAAAAAAUGGUCAGCAUUGUUUGGUAGUGUUAGGGGGGUGUGAGUGUGUCUGUGUAGCCUAAUGGAGUCAUUGGAAUGUGAUUGCCUAGCGACAGAAAACAAAAAAAUGAGUACAAACUUAACUGUGUUUACAGCCCAGACAGCAUCGCAGAUACUGUGAGAUUUCUCAACUUAUUGUCAAGUAUCUUUUAUUCAUUACCUUAACGCUGGUAGGACAAACGUUUGAAGUGGAAUGUACCUGCUGAUACUAUAUUUUAGAAAAUUAGAAUCUGCUUGUUUGCUUGGAUCUAAAAAAAAUUUUAAAUGUUUAUUUUUUUAAUUUUGAAUUUUUUUUUUUUUCUUUAAAAGAUUAUGAGCUUAGAAGCAGAGCUGAUAAAACUUCGGGAUGGAAAGAAAGAAAGGCUUGGAACGGAUCGAGGAAGCAAUGGCGAUCUAACAAAGAUGCAAGAUUUACAGCAGGUCAGAGUAUAAAAAAAAAAUAAAAAAAAAUUUAAAUACUACAGCAAAAUAAAAAUCUCGAAUUUUAUAAAGAAGUGAUUUGUAGAAUACCUAUAGUAACCCAACAUGUCUGCAGAUUCCUUAACAAAGGAGUUAAAACAAAUAAUACAAGUGGGAAAGAUUUUAAGCUUAGCCAGAAAUUAUUUGAAGUGUAUGUGAAAAGUGAGUUAAUCCGAAAGACCUGUCAAUCAGAGUUUGUAAUGCUGUGAAAGAGAUGGGCUGGUUACAAGCCGCCGUCCAGAGUGAUAUUCUAUAAUGUAUGAAUAUUUAAAUUAUGCAUGACCUCUGCAUGCUAUAUGGCAGUAAUGGCACCAACAGUGUUUAUUAUAUUUCCCAUAAUGCUCAGCUAGCUUAAUGAAUAAAUAAACCAAAUUAUAUAGUUAUAAAUAAAUAACUACAAAAUAUUUUUUUCUCGGUCUACCUACUUAUUUUACAAAAUUUAUGAUUUUUGAAAAACAUUUUUUGUCAAUUUGUCAGAUUUUACAUUUUAAAAAAAAAAUGUAAAUCUGCGACAGUCUCUUUUUCAAAUUUUUAAUAAUGAUUUUUUUAUUUAUUUUAUUUUUUUUUAUCUUCGGUGGGUGGAAGAUUUAGGUGCAAGUUGGCAGUUUCUGCUUGCCCAAAGCAGUGAUAGGCUCGCAUAAACUCUCCUCACUGUGUGCCAUUUUUAAAUGAAAAAAGUAGAAUUGAUUGUUCUGUAUGAUUUUAUAAAUUUUGUGUAAAACUCCUCCGUUAGAACCUGCAAUGCUGUGUAACGUGAGUGUGCAUAUAUUGAAACAGAUAGUGUGGUAAACUUUGCUGAAAUGAGUUUAAGGCAGCAUGCCAAGUAAUAAUUUGGUAAAGUGCACCAUGAUUUUUUUUUUCUUUUAAUCCUUAAAAUAGAACAUAAGAGUUGGCAGUACCAUGGGUGGGCUUGCACGGGGGAGAACCUCUAGGCUAAUAGAAAGCUCCAAAAUCAACAUUAAGCUCGGCUAAAUUUCUUUUUUUCCUCCCACUUCCUUUUUCAAAGGCACAUUAAGAAAUUUAUUAUAUAAAUGUAUCUAAGUUUAGUAAAUGUCCCUUGACUCCUUGCGCUCUUGCCUUUUUUUAAACAAAUUACAUCAAAGAAGCUUAUUUAUUUCAAUAGACUCUGCCAUUGGUAAUUCACUAUAUAUACACAAACAAACCCACAACCUCACCCUCAGUGUUGGUUGUGGAGUAAACGCAGUUAUCUUGCAAUUCUAAUCUUGCAAUAUACUAUUGGUAACUCGCAGCAGCCUGCAGGCUCUUUCAUGCAUUGAAUCAUGGGUAAAGUCUCCUAAUAAGAGCAGCACACACUUCUUAGUUUGUGUGUUUUAGUUUACAUCAACUAGAUAUUUAGCCCAUAAAACACUUUGAUAGUCUUAACUGCUGCAGUUAAAGCAAAGGUGCCGGGCUUUAAAUAUGACUGAAUCCCAUUGACCUCAUCACCACUGUAAUGGAGCUCCUUAACUCCAACCGAGUACCUCCGCCCAAUCUGCUUCCUAACCUUUGGGGAUGUGGGGGGAGCAGUAGUGCUUCAACCACAGUUGCUGGGGCUUGACUAGACUGGAGUCUCUCUGGAUCUUUUCCAAGCGACCUGUCUGCAGCUCUCCUUCCAGAAAGGUACUGUCCUCCUGCCUAUAGCUCUGCAGCUUUCCUUACAGGCAGAAAUGCACCUCAAUGCCUGCAAUGUGAUUGCUCUUGUCUUUAUAAAGAUACUUGCAGCUCUCAGGCCUAGCUCUCUUUGAUUUGUCCCAGGGCUAGGGGGAUCGUGCAGCCAGCCAACAACUCUGUAACUGGAACCCCUAAAAAUCCACACAGAAUACACAGUUACAAAAGGAACUAACAUACACAGCGUUUGUUUUUGUUUUUUUACUAGGGUCUAGCUCAUAUGCUCAUUACAAUAGGAUUGCUACGACAACUUAAAAAAAAAUACAAAUAACCAAAUCAUAUCUGACAACAUACACCAACUUAUUAUACCACUAUGACAUAUUUAUAAAGGGGUGGGGAAGAUGAUAAUUAACACAAACUAUCUCUCCUGCCUGCAGAAUUAGCAACCUGCAAAUCUACCUGAAUAUGCAAAUUAACAAGCCUUGCUAUUCAGGUAGUGCAUAUAGCUGUUGCUACCAACAAAUGGUGCCAUACAGGCUCCAUAGUCAAAUCCACUUAAUUGGUAACCAGCAUCAGCAGGACAGAAGAGCACACAAAACAUAUUUUUUUUUUGAUACAGGUCUUAAGAAGUCGUGAGGAGAAGAUAACUAUGUUAACGAAUCAGUUAACAGAGGAAAGAGAUGGGAAACACAGACUCUCUUUGGAAUUGGAAAGUACCCAUAAAGCUUUGCAAGCAGAAAAAGAGGUGAUAACUGUGUAGUUGUUUUUAAUGUCAUUGGUAAUUGUGAUACCUCUCAAGGUGGUAAAAAUGAAACCUAAGGUGGCUCUGCCACUUCAUAAUUACCUUUUAUCCUAUUGUUUCCACUUCUCUCCCUCCAUCGAAAUCUGUUCAUUUCCGAUCUAUUUCUCUUUAAAACAGAGGACAAAGUAGGGACUACUUUUGUCUUUUAUAUUUUUUCAUACACUUGACAAAGGAUGGAGCUUAAGGCAAGCUCUACUUCCUUUGUCACGCUUGUCAAGCUAACAAAGGCAGUGGAGCUUGUCUUAAGCUCCUCCCUUUGUCAAGAUUUGUCAGACGUAGGAAAAAUAAAUACGGCAAAAUAGUUCCAACUUUCUUAUGUUUUAAAUAUGAAUAGAUCAGAAAUUAAGAACAUAUUCUGAAAGAGUGAGAGAGAAGAGAAAGCAAUAGGAGAAAGGUAAGUUUGAGAUGUCAGAGCCAAUUUAUGAACUAGGUGGUCACGAAACCACAUGUUUUCACCACUGCUUCCAUCCAAGUUCCUUCUCAAAAUGUGUCCACCCCAACCUGUAGGCCUCCAUUCCCAGACAGGUAUCUUCAAAAACUGGCAAAACAUAUGGAAGUAAACUUCUAAUUAUUAUUAGUAAUUUUUAAUUCAUUUUAUAUAAAAAUGUAAGUUGUGGUUAAUGAAUGACAGCUUGACAAGGGUCCACACAGCACCAUUAUCACCAUUAUCACACAUGUCAAACUGUUCAACAUGAGCCAGCGAUUCUCCUUUUUUUUUUUUUUCUAAAUCUUUAUUUUUCUGGAAGUACAAAUCAGGCCUGCAUCGCCACAAUAGCGAAAACAAGCCUCCACAAGCAUGACAAAUUAUUCUUAUCGUGACAUAGAAUAGUACUGCACAUUUUUUUGUAAAUAACGAAAACAAGCAUAAUGGUUAUGUCAGCGGAGGGAGAUCAAACGUAUUAUCAAAACAUGUUAAACCAACUGAUUACAUAACUGGUGAUAAUAAGAGAAUAUAACUCAAGAAACAUGAGAUGCUAUGGAGUAAAAUUAUGUUAGGCUCGAUUAAGGUACUACAUAACAUGCUACUCCUAGUAAAUGCGCUUUGAAUAAAAUCUCACAGUAGCUUAGUGAGAGUACAGGACAAAUAAGGGACAACGCGAAAGAGAACCGGCUUGUGGUCAUCCGAUACCCGAUCUCCUGUGCCGUUGCAACAGGGAACGAAUGUCCACCGAGGCAGGGAUCUGGACAAAGUCCAACAAGGCAUGUGAUAUCAUUCCACGCUGAAUUCUCCUUAGCCGCAGCAGUUCGCCUUCAUGGUCAAGAUGGAUGUAUAGGGUUGGUGAAGCCUUUCCGGCUCGAUAGCCAUCGAUACCGCUACUUGGUUGAAUGCAUAACAGCAGGAUCUCCCAUCUCUGGUGGGGAUGAUCUCCCGUCUCCGGUGGGGAUGCUCCGACCGCUCGGUGAAACAGCUUUCGUCGGCUAGGCUGGAUCCACUACUGGGCUUAGAGCAGGUGUGAAGUGUUGAGGGAUUGGAGGGGAGCUCUUCUGUCUCUCUGCGAUACGAAGCCAGAAGGCCACGAACACGUCAUCUAACUGCUGGGUAAGUGAGUGGGGCUGCUCUCCGUUACAAGAUCGUUCGUUAUCUCCGCCAUGUUUGGGGUGGUGAACCCUGAUGUUGCUAUGGAGUUCUGGGACGGUCGACCGGGAGGGGACAAGGGCUCAGAUUCAGGAUUCGAGGUAUGUUUGGUGACUGGGGAGCGGCCGCCUCCCCGGGCUGACCAUGCUUGUAGGCCGCAUACAGCACUCAGGAGAAUCCAUCAGGUAGGACUGCUUGUUUGGUGCCAGAGCUUUCAGCUUAACGUCGCCUUUCAUCUGGUGGCCUGCAUUUAGGGUUUCAAGGCUGUUUUUCUGCGGUAUUUAUCGUACAAGCAUCUGCUCAGCUCAGCAGCCAGGCCCCAACCCCCUACUUUUGAGUAGAUAUGGGUGCAUAGUUUCUAUGCAACUUGACCACAAUUAAAGGGACAAUUCAGACAGAUAAUCAACUUUAUCUUGCUGAAAAGCAUCAUGUGUGAAGUGUGUCCUCUUUUUUUAUUUUGCAAAAAGUGCAGAUUUAAAUAGACAUUGACACUCCUAUAAAUUAACCUGGUUACACCCCCUGGCUUUCAAGCAGAUAACAGCUCCUGUUCCUUCCUGGUUUAUUUAGCUCAGUGGAGCUAAACUCAAGAGGCAGGAAUUGCCCAUAGUACCUGCCUUGCAAAGACUUUUCAUUGAGCUGCACUGGGAAAUCUGUGAUUGGACAGCUACAGAAAGUCUGGACGGGGAUAGAAGGGGAGGAUUUCCCAAGGCAGCAGACAUGAGAUCUGCAUGUUUUGCAAACUGGUUUAGAUAAACCCGAAAUGAAAAAAAUGUGUAAUUAAAUGCAUGCAAGUUUUCACUUGUGGUAUAUCUGCUAAACAGCGAUAUUUAUUUAUUUUGUAUUUUGGUCGUGAAGUGUCCCUUUAUGCACUGGUUUAGCAUUACAUGUGCCACAUUAGUAGUGUUGUGUCUACUGAUGGUUGCAUUGUCUUUGAAUAGAAUGGUUUUAGCCAACCUUUAUUGCUAGUGGAUGAAUUAAACCAGUGAAUGCUGCUAAUUCCAUGCUUAGCAGAUAUAAUUUAUGGUACAAGCUUUUAGCCAUCAUUUUGAUAUGGUACUCUGCACUUGCUUCAAGUCAAGAAGAAAUAGCAAAUGUCCAGUGGCUACAAACCUUAUACUUUUGACCGCCCCCCUCUUCCUGCCCUUCCUCAAACCUUUUCCCACACUCUGCAUGAAGCAUACAAGCAUUUUACAGUGGUUUCAGAUGGAAUUUUUCAUUUAAGCUGGUUGUAUGUGCCAGAGCGCACAAUCUCUGUAAUAUGAGCAUGGCAAUGAAAAAAUAAACCACUAGAUGCCGCUGCAGCAAGCCUAGCCAUAAAAUGGAUUGCAGAGUGAUAUUAAAUCUAAAACAUGGUAUAAAGUAAUAUUGCAAAAGUGCUUUCAUACACCCUCAGUGUCUCCCAGGAAGAUGCCUGGAUUUUAUUGCUUUCUUUGUAUCAUCAUGCAUGACUGUCAUUGACAAAAAAAAGCUAUAGUUAAAAAAAAGAUACAUCAAACCGGUAUGGCACACAUAUAAUGAGUUUAUUACCUGUCUGACACUGAUGGAGAUAACGACAUGAGUUGUUACAAUUUUUAUUGUGUUGUGUGUUUGUUCGUUACCGUAGAUUGCAGGAGGCGUGUUACAACUUGAUUGACCUCUGUAUGUGACGUUGCUUUUGCUGUGGGCAUGCACUAAGCAGGAACAAACUUGGCAGAAACAGUGACUUACCUUGCCAGGGCAUAGAGUAUAUAAUUGUGAUCAGUGAUCCACCCUCUACCAGAAACUAUAUUAUUCUCCUACCUGGCACUCGAGACAAAAUAUAUUGAGCUUAUUAAAAAUAAAAGAGCGAACUGAGUGUGGGUUCCUGUCUUAUUGCUUUGAGUGUCAGUGAGUUAUUAUGCAGGUAAGGAAACUGGUUUUAUUGGGCUUCUGAUUGCACAGCUACUCCACUAGAGGGGGCAAUGCUUCAAAGUUAAAACUGGACCAGCUGUAAGGAUAAUUUCAGUAAUGGGUCUGCAACAAGAUGACAAGAUUGGUUUGUGGUUUGUUUGCCACACCUUUUAUAAAGUAAAUUGUGUUCACAGGGUAAAGGGAGAGGUAAUAUUUUAUGUAAAGGUAUAUGAAGACUGGUGUAGUAUAGAAUAAAUAGACUGUGUAUAUACACUGAAAAAUGUACCAAAAUUGUAUAUUUUUACUAAAGGAACUGCAAGAUACUGCACUGCAUUUUCUUUUAAGUAUUUUCUAUAUGGAACACUCUUUGGUACUAUGUACUCUGCUGGCUAAUAUUUUAUGUCUGGUUCAUUGUUGGUAAUAGCAUUCAGUCCACAGGCCAUGAAACUCAUUACAAUGAAAACAUUAAGGGCACACACUUAACUCAACCCACCGCUUUGCUAAUUGUAUUUGUGGGAUCUAGCUAAUUUUGCAUUUUGGGAAUGCAGGCUUGGCGUCACCUUACCUUACCAGGCCUCUUGCUAAAAUCACUGGGCAGUGUGGUGCUGUUUAGUCCUAGCCACACUUACUUUGUCACUUUAUUAACCCACUUUUGAGACUAUGAGCAGCCCGUUUGCCACAGAAUCCCCCUUCUAGUCUUCAUAGUUUAAGGGAGAGAGGUAGGUCCAUAAAGAUCUAGGUCUGCUUACUACAAAUACCCCAGAUAACAUAUCUAGUACUGUUAACCUUAAACAUUCCUGUUAUUAUUAGUACGAGAGAAGGUUAAAUACUUAAUUUUGUAGAUGUAGGGUUUUCAGACUUCCUGAGAAUACGAAAUGACUUCCUUUUAUGGAAUGACAGUUGCUAGAGGAGUUAUGGAAAUGAAUGGCAUCCAUAAUGAAGCCAGCUUGUCUUGUCAUAAUCUAGUGUAUAAUUGGCAUGUUGGAAAGGAGGUAGUUAAGAGGUUAAUAACGUAUAAAGUAGCUAAAUAUAGAAUAUAUCUUUAUGACUGAGAAAGCAUUUGCCUAGAGCAGGGGUGCUCAAAAGUUAGAUCCUAAGAUUUUGUAGAACUACAUCUCCCAUGAUGCUUUGCAUGCAUUUAUGACAAAGUAUCAAGGAAACUGUAGUUUUGACUUGUAAAUGAUGCAAAAAAAACCUUUAAUAAUAUAAAUAUAUAUAAACUAUUACAAUCUCUAAGAUUUGAAAUCAUUGUUUAGUGAAUAAGCGAGUGCACUGGAUUCUGUAUUUCGUGUGUGUGUAUAUAUGUGUGUGUGUGUGUGUGUGUGUGUGUGUGUAUAUAUAUAUAUAUAUAUAUAUAUAUAUAUAUAUAUAUAUAUAUAUAUAUAUAUAUAUAUAUAUAUAUAUAUAUAUAUAUAUAUAUAGUGUAGAUUGGGUUAGCUGUAUUAAUCCAGUAGGAUACUUUUUUUUUAUUUUUUUUUAUUGGACUAACUUAAUACUUAAAAGACAAGCUUUCAAGAGUUUUUGCCUCUUACUCAGGUAUUGCUUCAGACACGAGGAAGAGAGGAUGUUAGGCCAAUAAAAAAGGUAUUCAAGGUAUCCUACUGGAUUAAUAUGGGAAAUCCAAUCUACACUAAUAUAUAUAUAUAUAUAUAUAUAUAUAUAUAUAUAUAUACACACACACUCUGGUAUUUUGGCAUUAUAUUAUCUAUAUCACAGCCCUGCACACACCUGUCAGUAAUUUUUGCCAAGGUGCAGACUCCGCAUCAUCCUGAUGAAAGUCUGGUCUUUUAUCUUCUUUUUGUGCAGAGGUGUAGAGUUCAGCAGUAAUCUUGUGUGUGGCUGGAGAGUAGAGGAUCCAUCCAAGCUGUGUCUGCAGCGAACUGCAAGCACAAGUUGCAUGUAUCUCGACAGUAGAGAAUGAAGUAAAAUUCUUCUUUGAGACCACUCAUCCCGGGGGCAGUUUUACAGAUCUCUUUUUGAGAAGGUUAACUGGGUGCAGGGUUCUCUCUACGUCAAAUUCAUAGUGUAUUAGUGUGCUUAAAGUGACCAUUUAAAUGCCUUGAUAAUUCAGUAGAACGUCAGCUGUUCGAUGUGUGCCUAUUUCCGGGCACUUUCUUGGCUGAACCAGUUACUUGAACUACCUGAAAUUGGUCAAUAUAAGGCUGGACUCUCCAAGUAAUCGGCUUUUUAUUUUUUUUAUUUUACAAUUUUAAUUAAUUCAUUACUUUCAUAAUGACCUCAAGUUCAAUUACUCUGUUUGUGCGCAGCCAAGUCCAAAGCAAAGUCCAUUGGCAUUUCCUUUAUAUCGGUCAAACUCCCUAUCAACGUUUGUUAAUCUGUGUGUGUGGCACGUUCUUCUUAACUCCAAUCAUCAUUAAAGUUCAUGGGAUCCUGACUCUCUCAGGCUAAUCCUUUUUUGUCUCUCCUGAUUUUUCCAAACACUUGUAACUGAUAAAUAGCCAAGUACUAAUGUUUCUGCCAAAGCUUCCUGAUGCUGAUCAAAAGCUGAGAUUUUCACUCUAUUGUGAUCAGAAUCUAUUGACCAUCUCAUGUAUUAUCAGUGCAUUAUUUUGUGAGAUCCAGGGAGAAGGUGACCAAAAACAGUGAUUUGAAAACUACCAAAACUGGGUCACAAUCUCUCUUCAACAACAAUUUUCUUUCCAUUUGCCUCCAGGAAAUAUAUACAUCUACAGUAAAAAUGAACGAGCUUCAGGGCGACCUAAGAAGCUUGAAACGUGCGGAACAAGACAAGAAUAUUUUGCGUGCAGCGAAUGACGAGCUGGAGAGAGUAAAUAGCAUGCAAGAUAUUAAGGUGAUGUACCGCACUGAACGAGCAUUUUUAAAUUACUGCUAACGUGUUUCCUUAUUCGUUUUAACAUUAAUUAUAAUAAAUGGGCAAAUUAUUCUGCCAGACAUUGGGUCACUGAACACCCUGAUAUCAAAAUCGUUAAAUAUAAAGAUCUGUAACGUUAAAUUCACAGCCUCUGAACUCUCCUUUCAGCUCCUACUUUCUCCACCAACAAAUUCAGUCAUUUCUAAACAGCUAUCUACCCAUGCUUAACCCUUACACUAGGGAUUGAGUGAUGGAGCUGACAUUGGGGGAAGGUGUAACCAGCGCUGUAUCAAUCCCAAGGCUAACAAGGCAUUUGCCUUUGGCAGCACUUCUCAGGGGGCGACAAAACAUGACGCCCCCAAUUGCGCUCUAUGACGCCCUGACAGAUUUCACUGGCCAUCUGUCAUUAGGGCCCAAGAGCUAGCCGUCUGGCCACCUUAGGGGCCUCCCGAGGCAUUCAGCUGUGCGUAAUAUAGACGAGCGGCAAGGGAGUGCUGAUCUCUUUGCUCUUCCUGCUCUGCUCCCUCGUGCACCUGCAGUGAUGCCAGGAUCCGAAAUAUGACGUCUCUCCCGCCCCGCAUCACUAAAUGGCGUGCGAGGGAGCCGAGCAAGAAUAUGACCGAAACAGCAGCCACACUUAAGAGUGUAAUAAUUUGUGAGUGUGUGAGAGAAUGUGUGUUUGUCUGAUGUCAGUAUAUGUGUGUGUCAAAUCAGUGAGAAAGUGUGUGUGUUUAACUGACUGUGUGUGUGACUGUCAGUAUGUUUCUGUCAGCAUACAUACAUAUGUGUGUGUGUGUGUGUGUCUCAGUGUUGAUGUGUCUGUGAGUUUGUCAGUGUGGGUGGGUGUAUGUGUCUGUCUGCCAGUGUGUCAAAUGUGUGUGAGUGUGUCAGUGUGCCAAAUCAGUGAGUGUGUAUGCGUCUGUCAGUGAGUGGAUGUGUCCAUGUGUGUAUGUCAGUGAAAGUCUGGGUUGGUUAAAACGUGUGCUUAGAAGGAUGAGUUAGGAAUAAGUGGUCCUCUAAGAGGAAAAGGUGGAGCCUAAAUAGAAAUGGGUGUAGUCUAGAGGAAGAGUGGGUAUUAAACAGGAAAAGAUGUGGCCUUGACAGGAAGGGUUGGGCAAAUUUAGAUUAGGGGGGUGCCUGAGGUUAAUCAUGUCUAGGGCAGAACAAAACCAAAAUACACCACUGGGUGUAUCUGGAGCCUGAUGUGACACAACUAGGAAGAACCCACUGACUAUUGUAUCCUGUCUUGCCCAUAAUGAAAUGGUUUUACUUAUUUGUUUUGUGGGAAUAAGUUAUUAUCACUGAUAAAGUGCCAAAACUGUUUCUAUUCACGUGCAUUUUUUUUAAACUGAAAAUAUAUGCUGAUAACAGGAAUUUAAAUCUGUUUUUCAUCAUACACACAUCAACAUCUACUUGUGAACAUGUGUAUGCCAUAUCCACAUGCUGCGUAUACUGAAUGAGCUAAAUGUCCGAUCUCUUCUCUUAGAUUGCCAAACUUACUGAAGAAUGCAAAAGGUUACAGACCAUGUUAAAUGAUCAGAAAUCAUCCAACGAGACCCUGAUUGCAAAAGAACAAACUUUUCAACACCUGCAAGACAAGGUUUUAGAUCUGGAAAAGCUGAGAGAAGAAAAUGGGUAAAAAUCAUGGCUCCGAUCUCCGCAACAUUGUGCAUCACAUUCACAAAAUGUGCCAGUUCUUAAACGUGAACUUUUGUGAAAAUUCACUCGACAUAUUGUCCAUCUCAUGUAUUAUUAGUGCAUUAUUUAUUAUAUUACAAUAUUCUACUUUGUAAAGUUGCAGUGGCCCAUAAGCAUUCACUUUUAGUGUUUUUAUUUUGUCCUUUAGCCACUUUAAUGACCUCAAAUGACAUUAAAAAAAAAUCGGUGAGCAAGGAUCACUGACUUAUUUUCUGCGCAUGAGUCUGCUGCCAGCGUUCAGAACUGUUACACAGCAUACAACGAGUCUGUGGAAGAUUGGUUGUCUUGACUUUCUGUCAUGGACUUCUAAAUUAUCCUCCAUUAAAUUUUGGCACUACUGUUAGACAAAAUAAAUACUGUAUGUAGAAUGCUCCGGAAACACAGCAACUUACACUCGAGAAAGGAGAAUUAAAUUGCAUUUAAAACUUUAAAUGUUAAAACUUUAAAAUAAUGUAAAAAAAAAAAAAAAUUAUAAACAAAUUAUCCAUAAUCGAGACAGGCAAGUAAACAGGGAAAAGGUGGUGUCCAAGCUGCCUAUUACGUUUUAGUACAUGAUACCUUUAUUGCUUCAUCUAAACCUCGCAAGUGGGACUGUACAGCAGGGGGAAAGCAUCACUACAUUAACACUUACACGUUUCGUGCCUCACAGGGACUUCAUCAGAGACUGAUGAAUGCUUAAAGAAAUUCUCCAUAUUGUAUUUUAAAAUUGAAUAUUAAGUAGACUUGUCAGAAGUCAGCCUAUACCAUGUUAUGAGUGUGCUUUUCCCUUGCAUUCAUUUAUCAUUUAUUUAUUUUUGUUUCUGUUUUUUCUUUUUGUUGUUUUUUUUCUCUAUACCACUGAAUUUUAAAAGUGUCCAAAUGUCCGAAAGCAAAAAGAAAUGUGAAACACUUCAAAAACAGCUACAAGAAGGAAUGAACGAGACGCAGAAACUGUGGGAGGAGGCCUUAGAGCUUCGUCAGGAGAUCAAAAGCACAAGACAAGAUCUACAAACCAAAAGAGAGGAGAACGCACGACUGAAGCGGGAGAUAAUGGACAUGCAGAAUAAAAUGCCUAGACCUCAGAGUUGUGGUGAUGGCGCAGAAGAAAUGGUUCCAAAGGUUGGUGUUUCCUUACAAGUUUUUCUGUACAUUAUCUGAUCAAUAAAUGUGCGCAUGAGAUGAUCAGGACUGGUGCAAGGAUUCUUGCCGCCCUAGGGAGACAGUUAGGGAAAGAGAUGCACUGAGUAGACAUUAAAGGGAAACUAUAGUGCCAGGAAAACACUCGCUAACACACAGUGUCACUUACACACUGUCACUAACACACAUACACACAGAGUCACUUACACAGUGUCAUUUGCACUCUCACUAACUUACACACUUUCACUGACAUACACAUUGUCAGUUACACACUCUCACUAACACACACAAAGAGUCACUUACAAAGUGUCACUUGCACUCUCACUAACAUUCACACCCUCACCAACAUACACAUUGUCAGUCACACUCUCACUAACACAUACACACCCAGAGUCACUUAGUGUCACUUGCACACUCUCGCUAACACACGAUGUCACUUACACACUCUCACUAACACACACUGUCACUUGCAUGCAGUUACACACUCUCACUAACACACACUGUCACUUGCACACUCUCACUAACUUACACACACACACCACACAGUCUCUUAUACAUUCUCACUAACACAGUGUCACUUGAAAACUCACACUAACACACACACACAAUGUUACUUACACACUUUGACUAACACACACACACUGUCACUCAAACACAAACUCACAUAACUUUACAUAAAGUCACACAUUAUUAACACACAAAUACAGCAGUUUAAAACACACACACCAAUAUACAACCAUGCACACAAUAAACCAUCCCCCUUAGCCUGCCAUACUUGGAGAAGAGGAGAAGAAGUCCAGCCUGCAGGUAGCUGCUCUGUUCCUGGUAGGGGGAAGCAGGAGAGCCGUGCACUGUGAGCACAGGCUGCUUCCUGUUCCCCUCAGAGUGCUUCCAGUGUUUACAGGCAGGGGGCAGCCAGGAUACCAAGUCAUGUCCCGGCUUCCUCUGCCUGCAGGAAGCAGUGUGCUCUUCUCAGGCCCUCUCCCUGAGCAGGCAAGGGGCAGAGAGGAGCCCAUCAGGUGAAUGGCUGCACAGGGGGGUGGCUAAGGAGCCGCUCACCCAGCACAUCAUCCACAGAUAGCAGUAGGGCAGCCCACCAGGAAACUUCCUGGUGGGGGCCGCCCCCCAGAGGCCGGCAUCUCAGGCGAAUGCCUUAUUUGCCUAAUGGUAGCGCUGGCCCUGGAGUUAAACAUAACCUGUGAAUCUAUAAGUAAACCCAUGUGCAUGGAAAAACCUAAUUGAAUUGCUUACCAUGCAUUCUGGUUGAGCCUUGGAACAUGUUACUAAGCUAAACAAUAUGUUGGACACCUCUCAAAUGUAUAACUGAUGUUAUCGGCAAUAUAGAAUCAUAAAUCUUUUCCGAGUGGGUGGAGUGAGGGAGAUUUUGUUCUUUGUCACUUCAUAUAUAUUUUAUAAUAUGGAUGAGUAUCUAUUUUUUGGGGGGCAUUUAUAUCCAACAAAGAUUAUUAAUUCCGGUACAUGUCACAUGUCUGUGUAUGCUUUGGAACAUCAUCAAAGGUCUAGGUCCUCCUAGAUAAAGUUUUGGCACCACAGCACAUUUCAUAAUGGGAACAUUGUUCAAGUUGCUAGCCAAGUUCAGUUACUCGCUAAAGUGGCUGUUGCCAUUGUUACUGAGUAGUUGCUGUUUCCCUACCCCUUCCUACACUCCAUGGGUAGCAGGGUGAAGAGUAUUAAACAUUGGGCCCAAGAGUUUUGCAGUUUUCUUUAGAUGAAUAUGGUAAUAUGUUUCAUUCCACCUGCCAGUGAAUUUAGUGUUUCGGUAGAGUAACCCUGGCUUUUUUUUUUAUUUCUUUUUUUUAAAUCCUUCAUCUUUAAGAGGAAAAAAAAGUACAAAGUUUUAUAACUGGACCAAAUAAUCAACCAUUCAGGAGUAGGGUGUUGGGUAUAGCUGAAAAAUAAUUCUGUUCUCGGGAACGAAGAAGCAGAAAUCGGGAUACAAGUCGGUUACUAAAAUCUCAUAUAACACACUGAACAGUUUAAAAAUAAUGUGACAUUUUUCUACCAUAGAGGCCAAGGUAUAAAUGUGACCUGAAAGGACUGUAUGUAUUUUUAUAUAUGGUGAAAAAACAAAAAGGGGGAAAAAAAAGGUUCGAAACUCUGUCCUCACAUAUAUCUAGAGGUGCACCAGUUUUCCGUAUGGUUUUUCUUUAGCUUUGUUGAUAGAUUUAAAAAAAAAAUAUAUAUAUAUAUUUUGCUUUUGUUUUAUUCAAAUUAAUUGGCGUGAUGUUUAACAGGAAUGAUGUAUGUUAUUUUAAAAUCUCAAGUCCAGUCCUAUGUUUUUUUUCCCUCUAAGACCCUUCUGGCACGGUGGAUUGGUGAUUGUAACAAGAGGAGCUUAGGCUUAGAGCCUUACAAUAACACACACAGCUGUUUCACAUAUAGAUUUAUGGGGUGUUCUCAAGUAGCCUUCUAUAAGCAUGUCCUUGGAUGCCCUCACUCUCAUAUUCUACAAAGCAGAAUCCUGCACAUUCUCUGACUGCCUGGAGUUUGAACUAGCACCUUAUAUAUUGAAAGCCAAGGCUAGAUUUGAUUUUGAUCUGAGGUUUUUAGUAGAAAACUGUUUUUAUGGGAAUGUCAGCAUAUGGAUGGAAUAAUUAUAUCUAUUUUUUAAAACCUUUACAAAAAAUGUGCACGUGAAAUAAUUAUUUUUCUGCGUUCACAGUUAAAAAAAUGCUAUUUAUAUAAAAAAAAAAUCUUCCUGCUUUGUAUACUAUCAAUAUGGUGUUAAAAGGUUUCUAAGGCACUUAGCUAAUCAAUUUUUAUGAGUCGUAUUAAAAAAACAAAGGGUUUGUUACAUUAAUAGCUUUGGUUUUCUUUGGUUUUCCUGCUUGAGCUGUGUUUUUGAUGGUUCAGAACUGUGUCUUCAUAUAAGGGGGCCUUUUCUAUUAUUUUUAUUAUUAUUAUGAUGUUAUUAUUUAUAUAGCGCCAUCAGAUUCCGUAGCGCUGUACAAUGGGCUGAGAUGGUUAUUUAGAAAUUGAGAAUACUUCAUCAGGUUCUUGAAACAUUCAUGAAACAGGAUGCCAUCUUUAAAAUACAAUUUAAAAAUUAAAAAAAGUGUAAAAAACCCCCCAAAAAACUAAAGAUGCAGCUCUGCUGGCUGUCAUGGUUUGCUCUGAGAUAAAUUCCAUAUAUCCGUUUUUAUAUAUUUCAGCAGACUAAACAUGGAGUCGUCUGUACCUGGACUGUUACCAGAAAUUGGAUCUAACUUCAUCCGUUCUAUUUAAUAUACUCAGAUUUUGUCAUUUCAACCAUAAGAUUGCUAUGUGUAGCCAGUUUGAGUUUUCACAAAGAGUGAGUUCAGUUAUUUGACUGACAAUUGCACUUUUCUUUGACUACUAUUUAGUUUAUCAAUUAUGGCUUGAAUUUAAUAUUUUUGGAUAAGCUUUUUUUAAAGAAAAAAAAACUUCUUCUUUUUUUUAAUCUUUUGAAAACUAUUUUGAUAUAUGUUUUUGCUUUUUAUGAUUUAUUUUUUAGAUUGUAAUAUUUAAAAAUCAAAGUUCAUUUGAAAAUAUUAAAUCAGCCAAAUCUCUAAGUUGUGCAAAUUUAGCAAUUUAGAAACAAAUUAAUUGCUACUGCUUCCUUCUCUCAGACCAGGAUCAGAAUUUCACCCCUAACGCUAAGCCGUACCCACUAAAUUGUUGCUUUAAAAUUAAACCUUUCUUCCUAAUAAUUAAUAAAGCCAUAAUUGAUAAACUAAAUGGUAGUCAAAGAAAAGUGCAAUUGUCAGUCAAAGAACUGAACUCACCUCUAGAAUGUAAGCUCAUUGAGCAGGGCCCUCCACCUCUCUGUUCCUGUACAUCCAAUUGCCUGGUUAAAAUUACAUAUCUGUUAGUACACCCAAUGUAUAGCGCUACAGAAUGUGAUGGCGCUAUAUAAAUAAUAUAAUAAUAUACCAUCCUUUUAUGGACGGGGGAUUUUGCCAGUGAUGUCAAUUUUUAUAUUUUAUUAUGCAUUAUAUUUAUAGACAUGCCGUCAUGUUAAUAUUGGGCAGAUCCAGGUCAAAUAAUGAUGAGUUAAAACAGCUGCUUGCUUCGUGCUUCAAUUUUCUCACUUUUUUUUUUCUGGCAGUUUUUAGCAGGAGACACACUGAUGCAACAAUAUGAGGAAAUUCGUCAGCUUCGCCAAGAUCUUCACAGGGUUCAGAACGUGUGCAGCUCAGCUGAGAAAGAACUGAGGUAUGAAAGGGACAAAAAAUUGGAUAUGAAGAAAGAAGAUAUCGCUCUGCAACAGGAGAACACCAAGGUGAACCUUCUGGAACUCUAAGAUAGUAUGUGCUCGAUAGGGGUACAGUAAACGCCAAAAAGCCUUUCAGUUCAUUAAACAUUAGUAGAGAAAAGGCCUUGGGAAGCACUCGAACAUGUAAAAAGAGACCUUAUUUCUUCAUGAGGAUGCCCCUUGCUAAAAGUCGUGCUGACUAUGCACCCCAAUGUCACCUUCUUCCAUGAUUGCAUAAUCUUGUGCUCUCCGAGCCACUGCCCAUCAAACAGGUUUCUCACUAGUAGAUCCGACAUUUAAGGAUACUACUCUUAAUAAGCCUUUAAACUUCAAAUUAAUUUGUUGUAAAAGCAUAAAGUUAUUUUAGUUGGAUUUAGAGUACUGAGAACAUGGCAUGUGUCAUGUCAUAUCCCUCUACCAACUAAGGUACAAAUAUCCUCUCCCCUGCAAUUGCCAAAAUCACAGAUUCACUGAAUCCACCUCAAUAGGUUAGAAUAAUUUUCAGACUUGGCAGACUUGCCGCACAGAAGAACAUCCUAAUUCUUAUCCUAAUUCUCCUUGACCUGCCUGUGGCUUUUGACACUGUUGAUCAUCAACAGCUUCUUCUCAUCCUCCGCAAUAUCGGUCUACAAGAUAUUGCUCUCUCCUGGUGCUCCUCCUACCUCUCCCAGCGCUCUUUCAGUGUUUCUUUCUCUGGCUCUGCUUCUUCUCCCCAACUCCUCUCUGUUGGUGUCCCCAAGGUUCAGUCCUUGGUCCCCUACUGUUCUCCAUCUAUACUGCCUCCCUUGGUAAACUCAUUAGCUCCGUUGGCUUCCAAUAUCAUUUCUAUGCAGAUGACACGCAAAUCUACCUGUCCUCUCCUGAUCUCUUCCCUGUCCCUCUUGACUAGUGUCUCUGACUGCCUCUCUGCUGUUUCUAACUGGAUGGCUGCCCACUUCCUUAAACUAAACUUGACCAAAACUGAAAUUCUGGUCUUUCCUCCCUCAAGUGUUGUUACUCCUGUGUCUGUCUCCCUCCAAGUCAAUGGUGCUACCAUCAGCUCCACCACGUAGGCUCGCUGCCUAGGUGUUCUCUUUGACUCCGACCUUUCCUUCAAGCCUCAUGUUCAAUCUAUCGCCAAAUCCUGUCAUUUCCAUCUCAAAAACAUUGCGCGCAUCCGUCCCUACUUAACGCCAGAUACGACUAAGGUGUUUGUCCAUUCCACUGUCCUUUCUCGCCUUGACUACUGUAAUCCGCUUCUCAGUGGUCUUACGUGCUCCCAACUUGCGCCGUUACAGUCCAUAAUGAAUGCGGCGGCGAGGCUCAUCUUCCUGUCCGCACGCACCUCCCAUGCCUCACCUUCUGUCAGUCCUUACAUUGGCUUCUUAUAAAAUAUAGAGCUCAAUUUAAAAUUCUGGUUCUUGCUUUCAAAUCUCUGCGCAAUGCUGCUCCCACCUAUCUAUCCCUCCCUUAUACACAAGUAUGUCCCUUCUAGGCCCUUACGAUCUGCUGAAGACUUACGUCUAUCUUCUGUUCGUACUCCCACCUCUGAUGCUCGCCUUCAAGAUCUCUCGAGGGCUGCACCGUUCCUGUGGAACUCGCUUCCCUCCUCCGUUAGAUGCUCACCCAGUCUCCACUCCUUCAAAAAAUCGUUAAAAACCCACUUCUUCAUAAAAGCGUAUCAAUUAAACUGUCAGUAGCUCCUGACUGAUUCUUCUUCUGCAACUGUCACUAGUCUAAUACUAUCCUUACCUUUUUGUGUAAUUUUACCCCACUCCCUCUAGCAUGUAAGCUCAUUGAGCAGGGCCCUCAACCCCUCUGUUCCUGUGUGUCCAACUUGUCUGGUUACAACUACAUGUCUGUUCGUCCACCCAUUGUAAAGCGCUGCGGACUUUGACGGCGCUCUAUAAAUAUCAUAAUAAUAAUAGGUGGUUGAGUUUUGGUUCUUUAGAAAUCCACACAUUGGCCUUUGUUAUUGAUACUGGUAAAAUAGCGAUAUGGUAUAACUGAGAUUCUCUGGUCUUUUUUAUUUUUUUUUAUUUUUUUGCUCCUGUGAUUGUUUGUUUUCCAAGGGUAAAAAGAAAGCCCAUUAAUAAUGCUGCCAUCGCCUUAAAAUCAGAAGGAAGCACAUGGCAGAUUAAUAAAGGCCACUAUAUCUUUGACCUAAUUUACUACUGUGUACAAUGGAGAGAUUAACAUAAACAAGACAUACUAUAAACAAACUUUAAAAAGUUAAGUAAUAGGACCCCUCACAUCCAUGUAUGGGGAGUGGUGGGGCAAAUAUCCCAAGAACUCCCAUAAACUCUGCACAAGAUAAACACAUAGUGUGGAAGAAAACAUAAGGAGGUCUGUAUACACCUUUGAAUGUAUAGAGCAGGCUUCCCCAAACUCCGGCCCUCCAGAUGUUGCUUAACUACAACUCCCAUGAUUCUCGGCCUAUCUACUUCAUUCAGAGAAUCAUGGGAGUUGUAAUACAGCAACAUCUGGAAGGCCGGGGUUUGGGGAAGCCUGGUAUAGAGGAUCUCUGCUUUCCUAAGCUCUGGUCCUAAUUGCUUUUUCCCAAAUUAUAACUGGAUCCAGGGUAACACAAAUCACUCUGGUCUAAAAUCCCAAACAGGAUAUGGGGAUGUCUAAUGCAUAGAUCUAAUUAACAAACCAUUAGUUUGUAUUAUUUGGCUGAAAAUAACACAAUAUCCAAACCAUUUGCAGUAUAAAAAAGAACUAGUCUAAGUAAAUGCGUAAACUUUUGCCUCUGUCUUUUAUUUCUAAUAAUUAUUAUUAAGGAGUGAUAAGGGUCUUGUACUUCCUCAUGCACAGUUUUCGUUUAAGUAAACUUCAUCGUUAGUAGUGGGUAAAUUGAAUAUCUAGGCCACUGGUCAUGUCAAAACCCAUAGUUUUUCAGCCAGUCUGGUGACCAUUCAAAACUUUAUGACGGCCAUACUCAUCCAAUGGGUUUUUAGCCAGAAAAAGAUGGUGUCCUGAUUUUUAAAUAAGCAGGAAAUAAAUUGCUCUGCUAAAUCUGAUACGUUACCUUCCAACACAGCUCAACGCAGAAUUAAAUCAGGUUAAACAGAAGUUAACUUCAGUCAGUGCAACAUGCUUCAGCUUUGAAGCUGAGGUGGAGAAGAGACAGCAGAAGAUUAAAGAACUGGAACUGGAGCUGAUGAAGAGAAACCAGGGUUCUAAACUGCAAAGCAACUGGCAAGAGAAACUCGAGCACGAGAAAUCCCGAGCCGUCAACGCAGAAAAAAUGGUAAGUGGACCUCCUGUCGUUGUGGGGUGAUUCCAAGGAAAUAUAGCUAUAUAUAUCUAAUUUUGCUUUCAUCUGCACAUUUAUCCAUAUAUACUGAAAUAAAAAAACACAAAUAUAUCUCAAUUGAAUAUUUUGCCUAAACAGAAAAUAAUAAAAAAAAAUUCUGUGUAUUAAUUGUUGCAAAGGGUUGUUAAAUUAAUUUGAAAUCAUUUUAUUAGUUACAAAGAUUUCACACUAUUCAGUACCUAGCAACCCCUGCAAAUAAUAGCAGGCCUCUUGAGUUUCACUCACAGAUCAGGACAAAUUCAAACACGUUCUUUAAUUAAAAAAAAAAAAAAAAAAAAUCAACAGAAACCGCAAGUGGCUUUAAUCCAGGAAUAGCUGGGCUCCAGACACCCGCUCAUUAGACCUUUUCUAUCCUCUAUGUAAAAGGCGUGUGUGUGUGUGUGUGGUUUAGGAUUCUGUAACACUAGAAUAAUGCAAUGCUGAUCUCACGUUGCACAUGCGCUCGCAGGAGCCUGGGACCUACAGAUGUACAUGGGUAUGUGUGUUUGGCGCAGGGUGACUGUUACAAGAAUUAAAAAAAAAAAAAAACUUGGAAUUGGGACAGCAAAACACCAAAAUAUAACUAGCACAAGUCUCAUAAAUAAAAUAAAAAAAAUAAAAACAUAAAGGUAAUUGGAACAGUUUGUUACUUUUUUUUUGUGUGCGAUUAAAGCUCCUGUGGAUUUUGAGCGCUUGCAGUUGCUUUAUUUCUAUUUUUUGACUGGUACAAGAACACUUGCUAUUCACAAAACUUUAAAUUGUGGUGAUGUGAAAACAGACUUGGUGUUGCAAUUUGGGUUUAAUUAACAGUAACUCGUUGAUUAGUAAAUAAACCUCGGUAUCUAAAUAAUUUACAAAUUAUCCCAACCUUAUGCAAUAAUAUAAUCCAUAUUGGUAUACACACUGCGCUGCUCAAGCUGUACACAAUCAGGGCUGCAACAACGGGGAUGGCCGGUUACAAAACAAACCCAUAAAAACUAUCUAUUCAAUUGAUAUAUUCCUAGGAUUAUUCAGUACACCAGGAAUUCACCAGGGAAGCUCACAUUUGAGAGUAAAAUUGUUGAGUGGGAAACAUUUGCCAAGUCAGCUAUGUUUUCAGUUCAGCUUCUCUUGGCUUUAUCAUUACAAUUUACUAGUGACAUUUCACAAUGUAAACACUGACAGUGUUACACACAGAUUGGCACAAAUUUAUUUCUUCUGUUACCCACCCAUCCCCCAUAUCUGCAGUGUACAGGAGAGUAUGGCUGCUCUGAUGUCAUUGCAAUGCAGAGGAGAGCAUAGUUCUGAUGAUGUCAUUGCAAUGCAGAGGAGAGCAUAGUUCUGAUGAUGUCAUUGCAAUGCAGAGGAGAGCAUAGUUCUGAUGAUGUCAUUGCAAUGCAGAGGAGAGCAUAGUUCUGAUGAUGUCAUUGCAAUGCAGAGGAGAGCAUAGUUCUGAUGAUGUCAUUGCAAUGCAGAGAAGAGCAUAGUUCUGAUGAUGUCAUUGGUGAGCAGAAUUGCUGUGAUGUUGUUACACUCUCUAUCAGCUUGCGUGAUGUCAUUUGCAAAAUCAUCAAAUGACUUAUGUUCCAAUCUACCAUAAUGUACCGUAUAUGUGCCAACACAUCCCUUUAAAUACAAUUCCGGGUAGUGCCCCAUCCCCCACUAACAGUACCCAUACUCCCUAAACAAUACAGGGAGUGCAGAAUUAUUAGGCAAAUUAGUAUUUUGACCACAUCAUCCUCUUUAUGCAUGUUGUCUUACUCCAAGCUGUAUAGGCUCGAAAGCCUACUACCAAUUAAGCAUAUUAGGUGAUGUGCAUCUCUGUAAUGAGAAGGGGUGUGGUCUAAUGACAUCAACACCCUAUAUCAGGUGUGCAUAAUUAUUAGGCAACUUCCUUUCCUUUGGCAAAAUGGGUCAAAAGAAGGACUUGACAGGCUCAGAAAAGUCAAAAAUAGUGAGAUAUCUUGCAGAGGGAUGCAGCACUCUUAAAAUUGCAAAGCUUCUGAAGCGUGAUCAUCGAACAAUCAAGCGUUUCAUUCAAAAUAGUCAACAGGGUCGCAAGAAGCGUGUGGAAAAACCAAGGCGCAAAAUAACUGCCCAUGAACUGAGAAAAGUCAAGCGUGCAGCUGCCACGAUGCCACUUGCCACCAGUUUGGCCAUAUUUCAGAGCUGCAACAUCACUGGAGUGCCCAAAAGCACAAGGUGUGCAAUACUCAGAGACAUGGCCAAGGUAAGAAAGGCUGAAAGACGACCACCACUGAACAAGACACACAAGCUGAAACGUCAAGACUGGGCCAAGAAAUAUCUCAAGACUGAUUUUUCUAAGGUUUUAUGGACUGAUGAAAUGAGAGUGAGUCUUGAUGGGCCAGAUGGAUGGGCCUGUGGCUGGAUUGGUAAAGGGCAGAGAGCUCCAGUCCGACUCAGACGCCAGCAAGGUGGAGGUGGAGUACUGGUUUGGGCUGGUAUCAUCAAAGAUGAGCUUGUGGGGCCUUUUCGGGUUGAGGAUGGAGUCAAGCUCAACUCCCAGUCCUACUGCCAGUUCCUGGAAGACACCUUCUUCAAGCAGUGGUACAGGAAGAAGUCUGCAUCCUUCAAGAAAAACAUGAUUUUCAUGCAGGACAAUGCUCCAUCACACGCGUCCAAGUACUCCACAGCGUGGCUGGCAAGAAAGGGUAUAAAAGAAGAAAAUCUAAUGACAUGGCCUCCUUGUUCACCUGAUCUGAACCCCAUUGAGAACCUGUGGUCCAUCAUCAAAUGUGAGAUUUACAAGGAGGGAAAACAGUACACCUCUCUGAACAGUGUCUGGGAGGCUGUGGUUGCUGCUGCACGCAAUGUUGAUGGUGAACAGAUCAAAACACUGACAGAAUCCAUGGAUGGCAGGCUUUUGAGUGUCCUUGCAAAGAAAGGUGGCUAUAUUGGUCACUGAUUUGUUUUUGUUUUGUUUUUGAAUGUCAGAAAUGUAUAUUUGUGAAUGUUGAGAUGUUAUAUUGGUUUCACUGGUAAUAAUAAAUAAUUGAAAUGGGUAUAUAUUUGUUUUUUGUUAAGUUGCCUAAUAAUUAUGCACAGUAAUAGUCACCUGCACACACAGAUAUCCCCCUAACAUAGCUAUAACUAAAAACAAACUAAAAACUACUUCCAAAAAUAUUCAGCUUUGAUAUUAAUGAGUUUUUUGGGUUCAUUGAGAACAUGGUUGUUGUUCAAUAAUAAAAUUAAUCCUCAAAAAUACAACUUGCCUAAUAAUUCUGCACUCCCUGUACAAUAUCAGGGGUUGCACAGGCUCCCUGGCAGUGCGUAUAGUAUACCAUCCUUUCCUCCAGUACUGUAUUUAAUCUGGCAUAGGGAUUCAUUACUAAUAAUAAAACAAGUAUUACAAUGCAAUCCCUUUCUUCCUCCAGGUUUUAGAACUGCAGCAGCAACUAAGGGCUUCUGAGCAUCAAUUACAACUUUUACAGACACAAAUCACAGAGAAAAAGCGUCAAGAGGAAGAAUUAAAAAGAGCAAAAGAAAACGAAACAAAACUCCGAGCCCAGCUUCAAGAAGAGCAGCUAAAAAGGUAGCUGGAAAGAGUCACGUGGUUCUUCUGGUGGACAAGUCAACCUUCCAUUUGGUUUCCACGGUGAUUGUAGCACUUUUAGAAAUGUGCCCUACAAUUUCUGAAUAUACAUAGCUCCCAAUGUGAUCACAUGAAAAGGGGGCUGCUGGCAUUUAAAGCAAUCCACUACUUCUCUCAUGUGCAGUCCAGCUGUGACUGCUUUUUUGUAACAUACACUGUUAACAGCAUGGCUUUAUUUUUAUUUUAGAAAAAUGUUGAAUCAAAGCAUUGAAGACUUAAAGCAAACAAAUAAAGCCCUUCGUGAAAAAGAGACUUUAUUGACACAGAAUUAUUCUGCACUUCAGUUUAAACUUAAUCAGAAGGAAUCUCUCCUACAAAGUCUGGACGAUGAAAAGAACGCAUCAGCUAAGGAGGUUAGUUGUAGGUAGAGUUUCUGUACUUAAAUAUAACUUUCAUUGCAUUUGCAUGUUUUAAGUAUAUUCUAUUUCAUCCCAUGUCAAAUAUAAUGGUAAAUGUCCUUCUAAAAGUGCUGGAUUAUUGGAAAGAUAACCCAGAUAUUGAAUUCCUACUUGUCCUCUUGGAUAGCAUCAUGCUUGCCGAACUGCUGUCAAAAUGAUUAUUCGGGCAUUGGGAUUGUUACACUGAAUCGUCUGGAAACUACACCAGUCUACAGGGUCUAUACUAAAUAUAUAAAAGACACUUGACACUAUACUACUAUAAACAACUUUAGAUUAAUUAAGACGUUGUGGUAUAUAGAGAUCAUGCCUCUGACGUUUCACUUCUCAAUUCUCUGCCAUUUUGAAGUUAAAUCACUUUUAUUUCUGUUUAUGCAGCCCUUGCCACACCUCCCUUGGCUGUAACUCACACAGCCUGCGUUAAAACAAAAUGCUUUAAUUUUCAAUCCGAUAUUACUUAAUUUAGAAGUUUUCAUCUGUAAAUUUAACUGCUUCUGCAUUGCAAUAAAGGAAGUGUAAACAUUAGAUAACUCUUUACAGGAAGUGUUUAGGAAUGCUGUGCAAGUCACAUGCAGAGAGGUGUGACUAACACUGCAUAAACAAAGCUAUGUAACUCCUAAAUGGAAGAGCAUUGAGCAGUGAGACUGCAGAGACAUGAUCUUUAUACCAACACUGCUUUAUUAAGCUAAAGUUGUCUUGAUGAUUAUAUAGUGUCCCUUUCUGGAGCCGAGACAUUACUACAAGACAAACUCUAAUAUUUUACACCAGCAGAAACAAGAGAUGUGUGAAAGGUUGGACUUGAUUGGCUUGAGUAUUUUUAUUCUAUAUAACUAUGUAAUUAUGUGUAGCAGGAUAUCUAGCGCAUUGGCUUCUCCUGAAUUAGAUUACAUGAUCACAAUAAAAGUAUUUCUCUGGUUUUCAACUAAACCCAGGUGUGUAGAUAUUAUUACUUAUUUCACUCGCACAUGUCUCUAAAAAGAUCAAAUCUGGAAUGCUGACUUGGCCCUGCCAGGUAUACAAACAAGAACACUGAGGUUUGCUCAUGUACUAAAAGUUGUGCUAAUAUUUUGUUCUUGCAGCGCAUCUAUUGUGAAAACAAUAACCAGAAACUUUCUGAAGAGUUGUUGCAAGUGCAGCAGGAUAAGGAGGAAUUACAUAAGGAAUAUAAUAAAAUAUUGAACCAGAUGGACGAAUAUGUCAGGUAGCUUCACAUAAUUAUAAUUUGUAUUGUUGUAUGCGUGACUUACACAUUUUAAUGAAAGUUAUUUUUCAAGGGCCACACAUUGCUGAAAGAAAUACCAUGAUCCUCUCCGGGUUCUCACGGUAGCCUUAUCUUCCCAAAACAAAACAAAAAAACACAAACCAAAUGUAGUUUGACAUAGCAGAAAGUAAAAAAUUACAGAUAAAUUGUUUCUCUAGUGCUGCCUAAAAACGUCAAGUGCACAAUUGAGAACAUUGGUGUAUAUUUGGUCCUGAAUGCUAAAGGGUCUGUCCUCUCUUGUAACUGUCAUUAGUCUAAUACUAUCCUUACCUUUUGUGUCAUUUUACCCAACUCCCUCUAGCAUGUAAGCUCAUUGAGCAGGGCCCUCAACCCCUCUGUUCCUGUGUGUCCAACUUCUGCUUAUAACUACAUGUCUGUUCGUCCAACCACUGUAAAGCGCUACGGAAUUUGUUGGCCCUAUAUAAGUAAUAACAGUAAUAAUAAUAGAACCAUAGCUAUCAUUUUACUGGAAAGUAAAGACUUAAACGGCCAGCGCUUUAACCAGAAGGCUUCUGGUCAUGUCAAGAGAUGUGCCUGUUAUAAACAUGUGAUUUCUACAAAUGAAUUAAUAAAUGUUACAACACUUUCAUUCGUAUUUCUAUGGUGCAUUAUUUCCUGUAACAUAUAUCUUUACAUUAUUUUUGCUUUUAAGAAGGACUUGCAUUUAUAUUAGUAAUUUUUUUUUAACUUUAUUAGAAAAAACAAUGAAAAGCAACUACGUUACAAAGCCAAACUUAGCCGAGCAAAAGAAGUUCACAUUAGCGAAGUUAAUCAACGGGAUUUGUACAUAAAGCAGCUGGAAAUGGAAAUUACACUGUCGAAGAGCCAAACAGAAAAGGUAGCGCUAAGAUGCCGGCUGAGCAUUUUUUAUUUAUUGCCUGGUCCUUUCUAUGUAAAUGGAAAGUGAUUGCAAUAAAUAAACAAAAGAAAUAAUGUAUUUAAAAAGAGGUUUGCUCAAUGUCUGUUAUUAAUAAUAAGCCACGGUUCCUCCUAUUGUAUAUUGCUAGUUCUGUUUCACAUUACAUAAAAAAGUAGUAGUAGUUAUUGAAUUAGUGGUCUGGAAAUGUUUAACCCCUUAAGGACACAUGACAUGUGUGACAUGUCAUGAUUCCCUUUUAUUCCAGAAGUUUGGUCCUUAAGGGGUUAAAAAGACAUGGAGAUCGCCUUCUCUCCAACUCCACUGAUUAAAUGGAAUUUUCUCCAAUAUGAGUGACAGUGAUAGAUUGAAAGCUCUGAGCCAACCCACCCCUGCUCUCGUAUCCUAUCGUUGUCAUCCAGGUUGAAUGUUAUUGAUAUUGCACAAGUGUGAAUUUCAUAUCACCAAAGUAACCACCAAUGUAACCAAAAAAAAUAGGCCACGCAGAGCUCUAUUUUUUUCUCAUACUGUUCCCAAAUAGUUGUAAAAAAAUUGGGGACACCCACAUACUAUUGGCAACAUAACUACUACAUUGAACUGUAAUGGUUAUGUUGCUUAAACUAUCCCUUUAAACUAACCAAUUUGGUUUUAUUAAUGUCAGUCCAUGUAUAGCGUCUAUCCUUGUGUAUUGCUGUACAGCUUCCAAAUCUGCUCUGGCCAUCCUGAGGAAGCGAUACUGUGUUGUGUGUAUUAGCUCACAUACAUUAAGGAGCCCAAACUGUUUUAUCUGUGAGAUAUGUGAUGGACAGAGCCUAUGAGCUCUAACGCUCCGAGAUAUGUGAGCGAUUUGGCUCUUACUGUCUCUCACUGAAGUAGUGACAUCACAGGUCCAAACAUGCCACACAAGUAGGGAUAUAAUGGUCAUCUUCAUUACUUUCAUUUUUUUACUUCUUAAUUUGAUUUUGCCUACUGCAAAAACCACUGUAAGGUAAUCACUUUUUUUAUUGUAGGAUCAGCAGUGGAUUAGUAAAGUCACAACAGAAAAUGAACAUCUUCUCAAGGAAAACCAACAUAUGUUACAGAAGCUCAAUGACCAAGAGGCUAUAGAAAGAAACUACCAAUGGCAACUCUUAUCGGUUCGAAAUAGGUAGGGCUUUAUUAAAUUUCAAGUGUUAUUAAACAUACGGUCACCAAUCGGUUUAAUAUGAUGGGUUGACGUAUAUAUGCAGAACUUAAGAACUGGAUCAGUGAUUGCUGUUCUUGGUAUUUCUUAUGUUCGGGAACUACAUUCCCCAUAAUGCUCAAUUACACUAUAGCCCAGGUGUCUGGAAUCCUGCUAUAUUCAACGAGUAAGUCCACCCUGGUUUACUAUAGUGUGUACUCAAUGUCUCCUACUCUGGUGAUAAACUUGGGCCGAUGCCAUGCUAAGCAAACAGACCGUUAUUUACAGCAGGAUGGUUCAACAGUAACACACAAAUCCCCAUUUUAUGAUCUCUAAUGUUAGCCUUGGAUAUAAUAACAAAAAUAAAGAACACGUAUUUAGGUGCCGACUGAGCUAUUUGAACAAAAACAGCACAGUACUAAAAUGAUCACACAUGAAUUGACCAGAUAUAAUAUGUGAAUAGUCCUAACGAACACUUGCAUCUUUACAUUAAAUUAUAAUGUAGUUUUUUAUAAAAAAAAAUAUCCGAACCAAGAUCAUAUUGUAAUAUUUAAAAUCUCAGAGUUGUAAAACAACAUUCUAGCAUGGGAAUAGUAUUAAUGAACUAUAAAUGGUUGACUAAUCAUAAAAGCAUCUGCACAGAGAGGUCAAGCAAUAAAAAUGGUAAAUAUAGGUAUAAAGAAACACAGAAGGGAGUAGAGGAAAGAAAGCAAAUUGUAUAGGGCAGCAUUUCCCAAACCAGUCCUCAAGACUCUCCAACAGUCCAGGUUUUGUCAGUAUCUCCAUAGGAAUAAAUCCUGGACUGUUGGUGGGCCAUGAGAACUGGUAUAGAGUGUACACUAGUCAGCUGGUUGGAUAUUGUCUGAGGAUUAGAGGCAGUAAGGCCUCAUUAAGUUGGAAUAUAUCCCAAUAUCACUGCAAUUUACAAAUCUAAUAUUCUUAAGCAGUCCGUGUUUUGUUACAAAAAUUAAGGAAGUUAGUGAUAAUUUGAUGUAUUGGAUUUCUAUCACAGAGGACAAUGCUGAGUUUGGUGGCUUUUAUGAUUCAACAAACAAAGGGACAAAUCACAAUUCAUCGCCAGGUUCUGAUUGAUAAUGUUUAAUAACUUUGGGGUGUUUUAUCGAAAGUGUGUUUACAAUGUUAUCGCAAUCCAAAAACAUCAAAACUUUAUUUUCCAAGAAUGCUGCAAAAGUUAGAUAUAAUUAACCCCUUAUGUCAGGGGUCCUCAAACUCCGGCCCCCCAGAUGUUGCUGAACUACAACUCCCAUGAUUCUUUGAAUUACAUAGAUAGCCAGAGAAUCAUGGGAGUUGUAGUUCAGCAACAUCUGGGGGGCCGGAGUUUGAGGACCCAUGCCUUAUGUAGUGCAGUGGUGGCGGUAAUAGCUGAAAUGGACAUUGAUGGUUUUGUUAACAUGUCAAUAAAAUUCCUUUGAAAGGAUUGUAACGGCUUAAUCGUUAAUGUGAAAUUGUGAGUUACUGAUGUUAGCGGUUUGUAAUUUACCUCUGAGUUUGAUCAUUUAAUAGGGGAUCUCCAGCAAAAGAUCAACAAACCUCAUUCUCCCUUUGAUCAAAGAGAACUACAAUUGAUAUAUGUAAUUAGGGAAAAGACAUCUGUCCAUAAGGUCUAAAAUUUAGGACAAUUCAUCCGUGAUAACACAUUAUUUCAGCGUACAACCUGCAACCUACUAAAUACAAGCAAUAGAUCAUUUUUUUGCCAAAUCUUCAAGAGAAGUGCACUUGGAUGUUCCUGUCAUAAUUCCCCUUACACAAAUUUCUGUAUAAUGUACAUUUAAUAAUUGAUCCUGAAUUUCGUUUAGCAGUUAGACACACUGGGUAUAAUUUAGCUAGGAUACAUUUACAAAAUGCUCAUUAUGAAUGUAUUUUUAUUUUAAUAGGGCACAUAUUCUGGACGAAGAAAAUAAACAACUACAAGAAGGCCUGCUGCAGCUUUAUAACCAGGUUGGAUCACUGGAUCGGGUUUUAAAGAAAAUCCAGGCUCUUAAUGUAGAGGUGAAUCUCCAUAUAUUAUCAGCACAUGAACAUAGCUUGGUUCCAGAGCAGGCUAUCUUUAAUUAGUAACUUACACCCACAGGCCACUAGGUGGAGGGAGUGAGGACUAAUUGUAAGGCCUGGAACACAAGAGGUGGACAAAGCAGGAAAGCUAUCUGACCAAUAGCUAAUCUGAGGAAGGACAAUUGCUGAUUCUUUUACUGGUUUUUGGGUUCUGAAUUCUUGUUGUUUUUUUUGAUGAGGGAUGAUUGCCAGAAAAUAGACCUGUUACUUUGCAGUAAAAUGGCAGUAUAAGAGAUAUAUCACAUAUUCAUGCAUUUUGCCAGGUAAUAAAAUAAACAAAGUAACCAAAACCUGCCUAUAUAAAUAGCACAAGAGCAGAAACCUGGAGGUUUGCGGCCUAGGUGAGUAGAAGCAGGCUGCUGGGAGUCUAAAGUGUAGCUCGGGAGUGCCCACAGCCCCAUGACAGUUUGGCUAAAUUUGUGCUGUUCCAGGCACGCCUACAUCGGGAACACAGAUCAUCAAAGGUCUUCAUAAAGGUAGCCAUUCCCUGAGUUGGUGUUGCAAAUAGUCACCGCAUAGCAGAACGGCAGCCAUUUUAUGAAAAAUACCAGGGAUAAUCUUUGGCAGUUCAUAUGUUGGUGACUACAGCACCCAUAAUGCUCUCAAAGCCAUUAUGCAGGAAAAGCAUUAGGGGAGAUGUUUCCACAACAUCUGGAGUGCCAACGGUUGCCUACCCGUGCUAAAUACCAUGCUAGAAAAUAAAAAUCCAUCCAAAAAUUACAGAGGCUCACCACGGCAAUGGGGACUGGGAUAACCCCCUGGCCCAGGAGUUUUUGAAUGAGUUUAUUUUUGAAUUUCCAAGUGUCUGCCUGUCUUAUCUCCUGGCAAAACGUUGGGGCACAUAAGUAAGAGCAUGAAAUAGGUGCCACAGUUAGUACCUAUAAAUCGUGAAGAAUCAGCUUAAAUGUAAGUAUCAGUCGAAGAGCUCAGCCAGACUGUUUCCAGCUCGAUCUGAGGACAGACCUCGUCCCGGGUGAUAAAAUGUUUAAGUAUAUAGACAUGGUGAAACAUUUUGUUGCACGUAUUCUUGAUUAGUAUUAUACAUUUAUGAAUACACAUUGGUCAGAGCGCCAUAGUAAAUGUAUAUAAUUCCACUUAUGACUUAAAGGUUGACCUGGACAUUCUUAUGUUUCAGGAAUCCUUAAAUAUGAGACAUCUCUAGAUAAGACUAUGGAUUCUAGGUGUGCUACUUCUGAAUAUUAUUUUCUUGUUAAAGUGGAACUAGUUAUGACUUGUGCUUUAAAUAUUUUUUCUUUCUUUCUACAUUGCAUGCCUGGCUAUUCUGCCACAGCGAGAGCACACCAUGUAAAUUAAUUUAUCCCCAACAGUGCCAUAUUAUGGGACCAUGCGUGUGUACCGCAUUAUGCAGAAAAUGUGCACAUAUGAUUGUACGGCAUUUCUCCUAUGCCAGAACAUGCAAUAAUGUGCCCAGCACAUCAUAGGGCAUUGAUGGUGCUCUAAACAUGGAAGCGCUGUGGUUGUAAAUGCAUUUUUGACUUACCUCUGAUACACUACUCGCCCCUGCAAGAGCUUCAGUAUAAUUUGCAAAGGUGAGGGCAUGAGAAGCUGUAUCUUCCAUCACUAUCUCUUCAGUCAGCUAUACUUUAAUCAUUAUCUCUACACUGUACAUCAAGAUAAGCAUAUCCUGCAUUAGAUGUGUUUAUGCAAGCAUCUAAUGUAAAGGCUGUAGGUUUCUUGGGAAGGUUAUGAGGAACAGAAAGACCUUUGUAGGCCAAAUCACUCAAGUUGGACAGAUCAUUUAUGUUAUUUGCUAACUGAUAUUGCAAUAGAAAUGUUUAUUGCAUUUGUGUUUCAUCUUGUUUUUUUCUUGUCUGAAAGGAAAUCACAAAAAUUAUCCCAUCAGAAUGUCUACUAAUGACCGAUACUCCACUGCAUUUGCCCACAGGAAGGUGAGAAAACUAAUGUCCUCUCUUUUUUUUUGUUGCUGGUAGGAUAUAAAUUAUGGACAACAGGGAAACUUAUUUGUCUGGUGUAUUUGAAUAUGUAAUAGGUUUGGUUCCUGAUAUGUUUUUGAACCACAUGUCUCAUGAUGCUCAUUCAAUAUAAAGGCUUGCUUAGACUUAUGGGAAAUGUAGUUCGCCUUCAGGCUCUCCCUAUGCCUCUGUGUUGGAUUGCAAUACAGUUCUGAGUGGAUCUACUGUGAGGUUCCACUUGCACCCCCUUUCUCUAUCAGUAAUAUGGGAAUUUCAAGCAUCUGUUGCUAUGUUUGGAUCCACAUGCUGCUUUUGGCAGAAAAGUAUUCCAUGCAGCUAUUGCAUUAGUCACAGUCAGUACCUAGGUCAGAAAGGUCUGAGACCUGAACACUGAUAUCCUGAGGUGCAAGUUACGGAGUUUCUCGUUCUCAGAUAUUCUGUUGUUGCUCUAUCAGUACCUACCCUACAUUUGGAGGUUGCCCCUUGUCCUGCUCUGCUUGAUUGUAAGAUCCAUAAGAUGGUGGGGUUUCUUAUCUGACAAAUUGAAGGGACUCUAAAGGUAACCAGACCACUUCAUCUCAAUAGAUGCUUUCUCUACUUUUUGGUCUAUAAUUUUUUUUAUAAAAAGGUGUCCUAAUGUGUCUCCAUUUUCAGUUUUUCAGUUCUGGGAUUCUCCAGUCCUCCUGGGGUGUUAAAAGCUAUUCACAGCACAAAUCACGAAGGAAGUGCAGAAACCCUGAAUUUAUCUCACUCCAGUAUUUCAGAAAUUGGCUAUUUAAAUGUAACGUCACCAGGGAUUGCGCCAGCAUCCCCUGAGCAAACACCAAUGCCAGGUCCAUGAUUAAGGACAUAUAAAGAUAUACCAUUUCCUGCAUUUGAUCAUACUCGUGAGACCGUUCUGUGGUGCCUUCUUCAAGCACUGAGUUGAAAAAAUGCUGCUAAAUUACAAAAUAACCACACAGAGAAACAAGAAACCACUAAUGACAAUCUCGUGCAAAUAUAUAUAUUUUGUUAACACUAUGUGAUUUUAAUAAUGUUUGUAUUUUUAUAUUAGUUUAUUAAAUCUUCUAAAAAUG